AUGGAGCACAAGUGCAAAGGUUUGCCCCUUGAAGGACCAGACAUAGUCCCCCCCACAGGUUUUAUGUUAGGAAGGCAGGAAGCCAGGAUUUUUGUUAAGCUGAGGCCAGACAUCUACCUGUCAUUAACCUCUGUCCAGCUCUAGAUUUGGAAUGAAAUGUCUCAACAGCAGUUGUUUUAGAUUACUUUAUAUUGACUCCCAGUGCUCAGGAAAAUCUGUCAAAGUCUCUACAAUUUCUAUUUUUAGUUAAGUAUUUUUAUUUAUUUACUUGAUAGCUAUGCCCAUGGGGCUGCCCUCUGAAGUCUCUUGUGCUCUGCAUCCUCCUGUCAUGAUUUAGACUGGGCCUCUUUCCCACCCAUGCAUAGCUGUCAAGUGUCCCUUAUUUGAAGGGAAGGUCCCUUAUUCCAGCGCCAUGUCCCGCUGCUGUCCCUUAUUGAUGGAUGUCCCUUAAAUGUCCCUUAAAUGAUGUCCCUUAAAUUUCAAAGGAAGCAGCUCCUCUCCCUCCCUCCCUGCCGGCCAGGGAGGAGGGAGGCUCCAACUGUGUUGCUUGGCUGUGCUGCUCACCCAAUAAGAAGUCUAAGAACGACUGGGGGGUGGAGCCUGAAUGCCUUGUGUGUGGCUAGUUAAUACAAGCUGAGGGGUUUUUUGAAUGCUGGACGUCAUUUUGUUGCUCGUGCUGCUGCAAACUUUGCAGUGCAAAGCCAGGCCGGGGAGCCAUCUUAAGUUGAGGCUGCAUAGGCCUUGUGGUGCAUGUGAUACAGAUUCUAUUCAGUUGAACCUCUGGUUACAAAGUUGGUUGGACAGUGUUCUCGAAGCUACAGGUCCCUUAUUUUGGCUGCUGGUCCCUUAUUUUCAAGGCUGCUGGUCCCUUAUUUUCAAAUCUGUAAGUUGACAGCUAUGCCCAUGAUGGGCUUUGAUUCCCACAUCAACCGUCAGGCAAGCUUGAUUUGAUUCCACCCCCCUCACUUGGUCACAUUGUAAAUCGUAACCCACCCCUUCUUCCCUAAUGGGAGGGGAGAAAGCAUUCUGUGGUUUGUCUCUGGUACCAAAAUGUAUUGGGCUGACACUGCCGUUACAUCACACUUUAAGGAGGUUAGAAAGCUUGCCUUUAAUACAACAAUAAAUCAAAGUUUGCUAAUGUUUUAAACACAUGCAUAAUGGAUGCACAAACCAUUUGCACAAUUAUAAAAAGCAAUGUCUGAGAAGGCAUAUGACUAUAGCCAUCAAGGAGGAAUAGUUAGUACUGCUGCACUAUGCUGUCCUCAGCCUAAGAGCAAUUCUGUUGUGGAAUUUAGUUAUAACUUUAACAAGCCCAAACUGGAUGGCUAAAAAAACCAAAAAGAAAGUUCAGAACAGCCUUCACCAACCCAAUACCCUUCAGAUGUACUACAACUCCCAUCAGUCAGCACAAAAAAGUCUGGAGCUGCACUCUUCCUUCACUCUCCCUUCCAUUACAGAACUGGGCCCAGGAGUUAAAAGAUACCUCACUGAGAAUAUCAAGAUAUGAAAGGUAAUUUCUACUAGAAGCUGCGAUGGAAAUUUGAUUUAAGAAAUCAUUAUUAUCUAUUUGACUUACUCUUCACUUAACUACAAAAAAGACAUAUAAAACAAUACAUUUCAAUAAAACUAUUCCAGUAGCACACCUGUUCUGAAAGCCCUGCACUAACUGUCAGGGAACUACCAGACCCGAUUUAAGGUGUUAGUACUAAGACUAGAGGGGACGCGGGUGGCGCUGUGGGUUAAACCACAGAGCCUAGGACUUGCCGAUCAGAAGGUCAUGGUUCGAAUCCCCAUGACGGGGUGAGCUCCCGUUGUUCGGUCCCAGCUCCUGCCAACCUAGCAGUUUGAAAGCACAUCAAAGUGUAAGUAGAUAAAUAGGUACCACUCUGGUGGGAAGAUAAACGGCGUUUCCGUGUGCUGCUCUGGUUCACCAGAAGCGGCUUAGUCAUGCUGGCCACAUGACCCGGAAGCUGUCUGCGGACAAACGACGGCUCCCUCGGCCAAUAAAGCGAGAUGAGCGCUGCAACCCCAGAGUCGGUCACGACUGGACCUAAUGGUCAGGGGUCCCUUUAGCUUUUACUAAGACUAGGCCACAUGUUAUAAACAGACAUUCCCACUCUUAAGAGUGUGAGUGACAGGCUGGUGCAGGAAGGAAAGGUGAAGAGAUUUUAAAAGUUGUGGAACCCCUUGGAGAUACCUUUCAGACUGGGGGUUCCACACAGUCCUAAUUAAAAAAGCAUUGAAUUAGCUCUUGGUAGACCAUUUACUCCUAUAUUUUAGUACAGAAGCCAGACACUAGAUGGCGUUAGGAACCAGAAUUUGGAUUCCUGCUAGCCUUUUUAUGUGUGUAGGGGUGUGCAGGUGUGUUUACUUUCUUUUUCAUGGUAUUUUACUUGGAAAUGAUCAGCAGGAAGCAAAAUGCAAUGGUAAAAAUGCUGAACUUGUAACAUAAAUGUAAGCUGCUAUUUCUGCUAUGUUGAUCUCACAAAACAUGAAAAACAUUGUGUUUCAAACUCUUCCUCCUCACACAUAUAAACACUUAUCCAAAGGGUAAGAGAUUUCAGACUUUUAAAGGAUCAGUCUCCAUGAAAGGAAAGAGUACUGGAGACUCACUGACUUGUUUGCAAAGCAUUUUUAGGAUAAAAUUGCUUGCAUCCACAGGGAUCUUGACUCCACUGUUACAGCACAUGAAUUUCAAGGGGAAUCCAGAGCACGGUCUAGUCUUGUUGUGUUGGAUGGGUUUCAGUUGGUAAGGUUCGAGGACGUGGACAAGGUGCUUGGAUCGGUCAGGGCAAACACUUGCACUCUGAACCCUUGCCCCUCUUGGUUGAAAGAAACUAUCAGGGAGGGGACAGCUGGCUGGGCCAGGGUGGUUAUUAAUGCCUCCCUCCGAGAGGGAGUUGUCGCUGCCUGUUUGAAGGAGGCAGUAGUAAAACCAUUCCUUAAUAAACACUCCCUGCACUUGGAAAAUCCAAGUAACUACUGGCCAGUUGCUAAACUCCCCUUCUUCGGCAAGGUUCUUGAGCAGGUGGUUGCAGAAAAGAUCCAGACCAUCUUGGAGGAAACUGAUCUUCUAGAUCCAUUUCAGUUGGCAUUUAGGCCCAGUUUUGGCACAGAAACUGCCAUGUAUGAUAGCAUCAGUCAGUAGAGAAACAGAAGAAAUGUGCCCUUGUUAAUUCUCCUUGACUUCUCAGCAGCUUUCAAUACUAUUACCCAUGGUAUCUUUCUGGAGCAGCUUUCCACGAUAGAGGUUGGUAGCAUCGCUUUGUGGUGGUUCUGUUCUUACUUGGAUGGUCGUUUCCAGAGAAUGAUGCUUGGGGAGUGCUCUGUGGCCCUGUAGAGCCUUCAAUGUGGGGUUCCUCAGGAUUCAAUUUUAUCCCCUGUGCUACAUUAAACUGUUAAGUGGGGUUAUCUGGAGUUUUGGAGUAGGUGGUCAGCAAUAUGCUGAAGACACACAGCUCUACUUAUUCCUUUACAUUUGCAGGUAUGGCAAUAGAUGUGCUGGACUGUUGUCUUGCCUCAGUCAUGGACUGGAUGAAAACCAAUAAACUGAAGCUCAAUCCAUAUAAGACAGAGGCAUUGCUAGUGGGUGGUUCCCAUUACCAGAUGGCUGGGAGGUUGCCUGCUCUUAAUGGGGUUUUACACUCCCUUUGAAGGUGGCUUGAGGCUCAGGUAGCCUCAGUGGUGUGGAGUGCCUUCCAUCAGCUUUCGUUGGUGGCCCACCUGCUCCCUUAUCUGGACAGGGAUAGCCAAACAUCCAUCACCUAUGCUCUGGUAACCUCUAGGUUAGAUUACUGCAACGUGUUAUAGGUGGGGCUGCCUCUGAAGGUGGUUUGGGAACUUCAGUUGGUGCCGAAUACAGUUGCUCAUUGGGGCAAGACAGUUUGAGCAUAUCAGUAGCCCAACUGCACCAGUUCCCACUGAGUUCCUGGGACCAAUUCAAAGUGCUGAUUUUGACCCAUAAAACCUUGAAGUGGCUAAGGACUGCAGCAGUACCUCAAGGAUUGCCUCUCCCCAUAUGAACUGACCCAGGCUUUGUGAGCAUCAUCUGAGGCCCUUUUUCGGGUGCCUCCUCCACGAGAGGUUUGGAUGGUGGCAACAUGAGAAUGGAUAUUUUCUGCAGUAGCUCCCCAUUUGUGGAAUGCUCUCCCCUGGAAGGCUUGCUUGGCACCUUCAUUAUACAUCUUUAAGCACCAGGCAAAAAUAUUUCUGUUCAACCAGGCCUUUGGCUGUUUAACAUUCUUUGUAAAUGUGUCUUUGUUUUGUUCUUACUAUGCAUUUUGUGUUUUUGUUUUUAUUUUAUGCUGUGAACCACCUUGAGAUCUUCAGCUUAAGGGAAUCAUACAAUAAAAUGAGCCACAAUUAGGCUCAAAGAAGGCUCAUUGCUGCAUGGGACCAUCUUCAGGAUGUAUACAUGUGUGUAUGCUGCCUGCCUCCAGUUCUGGCCCAUAUGGCUGCUCCUCUGGAAUUUGAUCAACAUUUUUGUUUAGCUUGAAAGUUUGCAAGGCUGGGUCAAUUAAGGAUAGCAGCCUACAUUUUCUUAUGGAUGCAGACAUUGCACAAACAAGCUUGAGGGGCAUAUCGUAUCAAGGAACUUCUACAUUUCAUGUCUCUUUGAUGUCAACAGAUGUCAUUCUUUCUUUUCUGAUUGGUUUGCUUUGUAUGUCCCACAAAAGACCUAUUCCCAGUUAAGUGCUAUCAGACUGCAGCAUGAGGGUAGGAUAUGAUGCACACCUUCCUGAGAGUGAGUUCAUUGAAUCCAAUGGGGGACUUCUGAGUAGAUAUGCAUAGGAUUGUGCCAUGCAUACUGCACAGCUCAAAGAGACAAGUUUAAUUUCAAGCCAAUUAAAAAGAAUGUCUAUCAUGAUUUUAAUUUAAAUCAGGAUUUCUUCUGAUUUUAAAUUAAAUCAGGGUUUUCCCUCGAAGAAUAGUUCCUCCAUUCCUUCCAAAGUGUAGCAUGCGAACAGGUGGCUGUACCUAAAAGAGAGCAGGGCCCCUUCACCUUUAAUAGUUGCAUAGUUGUGUAGAAGAGGGAAUUCCAGCAUCUGGCAACACUGCAUGCAGUGGAAGGAACCACAGCUAUGUGGAAGUGAGGUGCCUUGAUAUAAUUUAAGUGGGGGCGGGGUUUCCUGUUGGUGGCAAUUCCUACCACACAAAAAUGAAACAGUCCCCAAAUGAAUGUAAAAACCCAUUAUGGGUUUUCCCCACCCUGUCAGUACAGAACCAAUACGAUGGAGGCCAGAGGUGGUGCUGGGGUGAUAAAGCAGAAAGCGCUAGUCUCACUGCUGCCAGAUUAACAUAAAAAAUUCAGAGCAUCAACUGCUAGUUAUUACAUUUAUUUAUUCAGAUGUACAAAUAUGAAUAUUUAUUCAUAGUCAUACAUAUGACUAAUUUCAUCAAUGUUGAAUAUAAGAGCUUAUAUAACGUUUUUGUCCACUAAAUUAAGGAGACAGAAACGUGUCCAAAAAGUAGGUAGCAUUCAUCCUGUCUUGACAGGGCCCCCUUAAAAACACUUCUGAAUUCCCUGACCAGCAGCAUAUAUAAGGCAAAGGAGAAACUGAAAUACAGUAGAGGAAGAAGCAAUGCAGGAUUCCAGCAAUUAAAGCUUUCCAAUCUUGAGACUUCUUCCCUAUUGGCAAUGGGUCAGUGCAUCUGGCUGCUAACCAGCAGGCUGGUGGUUGGAGCCCACCCAGGAUGGCUGUGCGCAGGAUUCCUGCAUUGCAGGGGGUUGGACUAGAUGACCCUCAGGGUCCCUUCCAACUCCACAAUUCUAAUCUAUGUGCAGUAUGGACAGGUCCAACAGCUUCCUUUUUUUGCUUACAUGAUACUGUGUAACUCAUUAGAACUGGCACCGAUAGAAGCCUGUUUUACAUAACCUUGAUUUUGUAAAUUUAUUUUGCCAGUCUUGGUUGUAGGUUUGCAGCCCUCACAACAUGGCUGUUUCUUACAUUGCAUUCCCCUCCUCCCUUUUAUCUAUUUUAAAAUUAAUUACCAUUCUCUUUUCCUGGAGGCAGUUUGCUUAAUUAGGCAUAGGGUUAACAAACUAGGUUAAUGCGGACAGCAAAAACACUCUCCACUUCAGCCAAAUCCAGGCAGCCUUGUGUUGGGGAUAUUCAUAGUUCUCCUGAACUAGAAUGAAAUCCUAGAACUCACAGUCUCUUUGUUUUACCGCUUAUGCAUCCAGAAAAAUAAAACUGACCAAAGAACAUACCAAAUUAAUUCACAUCCCUUAUCUUUAGACUCUCAUUCUUACAGAUAGCACACAUACUAUCAUUAUAGUUUCUAAAAACAGGCUUUGUUAUUAUUUUGCAGAGUAGGGAGAAGCUCCGAACAUUAUUUUGGUUUAGUUUUUGAAUAGUUGAUUUGGUAUGCCUUCGAAUCAAUGGCUAAACAAUACAUCAUCGCUAGUGAAAAGGACAACAGUCAUAUGACUUAUCUGCAUGCUUUGACAGUAAGGAAAGUAUGAUUGAACGCCACCUGUGCUAUAAAUUGCCAUGGAGUUAGUGUGAAAUAAAUUGCUGUUCCUAUCUCUACAGAGUCCCUGCAUUGCAUUUUAAAAACUAAAAUAAUAAUCCUUAAGAUUUUACCUUUAAGUAAUUUUUACUUCAUAGGAAUAGCACCAUAGCUUUUCUACUGGUUAAUUAAACCUGCAGUCCACACUUGCUAGAGUCGCAUUGAAGUCAACAGGGAUUACUUCUGAUUAGGCACGUAUAGGAUUGUACUGUAACCGUUCAAUACAUUUGUUGAAACCAUGACUGAUUCCAAAUCCAAUGUAAUCACUCACCCAACAAAUUUACCUCCUAGGGCAAUGCCUGCCCUUGUUGAGUUUGGGUUCCCAUGAUUUUUCACAGUGGAACAUGUGGUUUGGCAGCUUUGUUCUUUACUGCUGUUGGGUAUGUUGAUUUCUCCUCUGCCCACUAAUUUAACAGUGCAUUCAAAUCUGGGAAGGAUUACACUAUUUCAUACUCACUCAAAGUGCUAUGUGCAUUUUAUUGUUCUACAACUGCAACUAUGUUGAGCUGUGGGGGUGGGGGGAAUCCCGCCUGAUCUAUAAAGUUAAUGUUACUGUUUGGUCACCUGGUCCUCAUCUGACCUGCAUUCAUUACAGUUACACUACAUAUACAGUGGUACCUCAGGUUACAUACGCUUCAGGUUACAGACUCCGCUAACCCAGAAAUAGUGCUUCAGGUUAAGAACUUUGCUUCAGGAUGAGAACAGAAAUUGUGCUCCGGUGGCGCGGCAGCAGCAGGAGGCCCCAUUAGCUAAUGUGGUGCUUCAGGUUAAGAACAGUUUCAGGUUAAGAACGGACCUCCAGAACGAAUUAAGUACUUAACCCGAGGUACCACUGUUUAGGGCUAUGUGUUUUUAUAAUGGUAUGGCAACUCUCCUGUGUUUGCCUUGUGUAUAAGGGGACUCCACUAGCCAUGACAUUCUGUACAUAGUUUUAAAUUUAGAAAUCUUCAAUAGUAAUCACUCUGGAGUAAAAUAAGCUUGUAAAUAAUACUGCUGCAGCUCAGCUGGUGACAGCAAAAAGCCAUUGACCCUUUAAUCCUUUCUAAACAAUCCUGUUCUGUUUGUAGGUCAGGCAAUAAAUGAGGCUUCCUCAGCCUAGUGUUACAGAUGAUCACUAAUAUGGAGAGCAUUCUGGCUGUCCUGAGAAAAUUCUCUGAAAUGGCUGCAAUACUUGAGAAAAUGAAAUCCUAGAACUACAACCCUCUCUACAUGUGCAAAUCCAUAUUAUACCGUGUUGGUUCUGAAAUUGUUCCUCACCCCUCAAAUUUAGACUUUCCAUUCUGGAACUUUCUCCAACAGGCUGCCCUCCCAAUGUUGUAUUUGGCUGGGGCUGAUGGGAUUUGUAGUUCCAUAACAUCUGGAAGUCACCAAGUUGGGGGAACACCAUUUUUAAUUUCAGCACCUAGUCAGGUCCUACGAAAAGUUCACAAGCAGAACAUGAUCAUGAUAUCUAUCUCCUGGUAACAUUUUGUUUAUUUGUCUUUGUCUUAAACUUGCUACAUAUCAGCUUCAAUACAGAACUUAUUUUGAGAAUGAAUAUUCCCACUCCUAUGCAUCACAAAAAUAUACAUUUUUGUUCUUUGACACAUGCUCAUCCUCAGCCCAUUUUAUCAUCUAAUACUUUAUUUGAUUUCCCUGUUUUAUAUGAACGCCUGCUUCAAUUGUUGUUCUCUAAAGCAAACCUUCUCUACCCUGCCCCAAACAACUAAAAAGAAAUAUUAAAUUCCUUAGGGCUCGGUUUGAGCCAUGACUCAGUCCUGAAAAAUCAACAUCAAGGUUUGACAAAGGGAUCUACGAAACAAUAUAAUGAAGAAGGGUGCCUAUGUUUCCAAAUACGUGAAGAGGACAUUGUCCUUGAAGGCUGCAAUCAUAUGAUUAGCUUCUUGUGAAUAAGUCUCAUGGGGUUUACUUCCUUGUAAACAUUAUACGGUCCAGAUGAAUGAGUAAUUUGAGGGAAUCUUGGUUGGCUCCUGUUUUGCUAGCCUUGCAGUGGCAGCUAAACCAUACUUUCCCCUUUGUACUGCAUCUUACUAGCACAGCAGCCUUUAUCAUCCUUCCACCCCAUCAAUUGCAUUCAUUAAUUCCAACUGCAUUCCGAAAAGCACUGCUGCAUCUUUCAUUUUAGCACGCCUCACCCAGCAAACUCUCUCCCAUCUACCCAGGGGUGCAAGGAUUUCUGAAAUGCAAUUGUUUAACAAUAGAAAGCCGGGUGCAGAGACAAAAGAAAACUGAGUGUACAAGUACUCUUGACUUUAAGAAGGCUGAUUUCAAAAAGCUUAAGGAACUACUGGGUGAUAUCCCAUGGUCAGAAAUACUCAAAGAGAAGGGGGUCCAAGAUGGGAUUGGAGUUUUUUUUUUUUAAAAAAAAUGAUAUUUAUUGGGGAAAAAAAUUUUUUUUAAAGUUACAAAAGAAACACAAAGUAGAAAAAGAGAAAAACAAGCCACUUCCAACCAUACAUAUACAAAUUCAAAAUAAGAAAGAAAAAAACAAAAAUACACCACAAACAUUUAAAAACAUUUAAAAACAAAUCCAUUAUUCUCAACUCCUCAACUGUCAUUACCCUCUUUCCUUGACCUCCUCCUCCUCCCCUUCCUUGUAUCCUGUUUGUUAAUUGUCACAGCAAAUCCUUUCCAUAUUUCAUAAUAUUCUGUCAUUACAUUACCUUAAACUAUUUUAAUCUUAUCUUACUAUAAAAAAACCUUGAGACUUAAAACUUAAAUCUUAUUUUUACCAACUUCUCAUAACCAUAAUAUUCUUGCAUAAUUCUUUAAACAUUUUUACUAAAGCCAAGUAAUUUCAUUCCAACAUUUUUCUAACAUUCAUCAAUUUUAUAAAACAGUCCUAGUAGUGAAAAGAGAAAUAAAAACAAAUCCAAUCUUCAUCCAGCGUCCCUUCCUCCUGGUCCCGGGUUUUGUCAGUCCUUAUUAUCCCAUCGAUCUGGCGCAUUAACCUGGUAAUCUUAUAUCCGAGGCCCUUAAGUCCCUUCCAUGUCUUCUUCAUAUUUAUAGCUGUAUUUUCCUUUGUCUCCUGCUCCUUUCACUUGUGGGAACUCCAACUUAGCAAUAUUUUUGACCCUUCUCGACAGAUCAGCCCCUUUUCCAUAAUCGACACUAAAUUCCAUGUGGUAUUUAAAAACAUGUUUCAGAAUCCCUCCAAAAUUAAGAGCCCCCACAAUCCCAAACAUCUCACGGCCCAUUGCCAGACUUGAAAAGUCCAAACAUCCCUGCAUAGGAGGGUCUAUCCAACCCCCCAUUUCCAAACCAAACCAAACUUUUUCUUUCCAAAUCUGGCUUUUUCCAAGUUCAUUUGUCAAAUCCAAAGCUCAUAUUCCUGUAGGGCCUGUUCUGUCAGGACACACUCCUGAUUUAAUUCCUGGGUGGGCUCCACAUAUUUUCCCACUGCCUGUUCAAAAUUUCCCACUGCCUGUUCAAAAUUUCUAAUCGAAUCAGCCAUCAAAUUCGUCUUCUCAUGUAACUGUUCCAGUAGGGCAUUUGUUUUAUAGAAAGCACACAACAGAGCUUCUGAAUACAUUGUCCUGAAGGUCAGAUGUCUAUUCCCACGAUUGUAAUCUGUAACAGGUGCCAGCUCCCAGGAGUUGGUUACAGUUUCACAGUCUCCCUCUAGGGGGAAAACUUCUAUUUAAUCUUUCUUUUAAAGACAAGUCUAGCAACAGAGUUUCCUUUUUUCAGAUAUUUUGUCAAUAUUUGUUCCUUUAAGAUGCGAAAGGAAACAAUGGAAUCACUAUGUUCCUCUUCUUUUAGCUAUCUGUCAAAAGCGCUUGUUUCUGGUCAAUGAGCUUCAAACGUCAGUCCUGACACCCCGCUCCAGGAUCAGGACGGUGGAAAGUUACUUUACUUUAAACUCACUUCUGCAGGUUUAAACAGUCCAGAAAAGAUCCCCCUUCUUCUCCUGCUGCCGAAGGGGGGUUCAACAAUUUUAAAUGAUGAAAGCCAAUCCUUUAGAGGCGAUUUUCUGAGCUCUAGUUUACGUUGUCUUUGCUUUAUUCUGUCUACAAAGAAACGGAAGGCUGACUUCCUGUUUAGACCUUCCUGUUUCAGUACCAAAUUGAAGUAAAAUUUUUAAGUCCAAUUCCUUUCUGCUCGCAAGUCCUUAUUUAAAGUCCAAUUGUUCAAAGUUUAAGUACUCACGGGUGCUUAUUUUAGAAGCCAAUUUGUCCCAGGAAAAAGGCAGCGCUCUCCGGCAACAGCUGUGCGGCUUCGCUCCACGGAAAUAGCAGUUGACUCACAGCACCGCGCCACUUCCCCCUCUUCGCUUCGGAGCCCGUUAGUGGGUUCCUUUGCGGGUUGGGGGGGCGCUAAGGGUGCCCGCCGAGUCCCAUGGUCACAGGCUUCAUCCGCCUGUGAUUUUUAAAAGGGUCCCCGCUUCGCUGUAGCGGAGAAGACCCGUUUCGCGCGGAGCUAGUCCCUCCAAUUCAGAGGGAGUCCGCCACUGCCGAUGGCGCCACCCCGGAAGUGCCGAUGGGAUUGGAGUUUCUUAAAGGUGAAAUAUUGAAGGCCCAAAUGCAGACAAUUCCAACAAGAAAGAAAACUGGGAGGCACCUAAAGAAGCCAGUGUAGUUGCAUGAGCUUACAGAUGAGCUGAGAUUUAAGAAGGGCAUGUAUAAGAAAUGAAAGAAAGGGGAAAUCAUGAAGGAAGAGUAUACAUGAGUACCCAACAGUUAAAGGGAGGUCAGGUGGGUCAAAGCUCAGAAUAAGCCUAGGCUUAUUCUAGAGGUUAAAAUUAAAGAGAGAUUAAAAUUAAAAAAUCAAAAGGUUUCUUCUGCUAUGUUCAAAGCAAGAGGAAGAAUAAGCAAGUUGCAGGUCCUCUAUGUGAAGACAGAAAAAUGCUGUUGGGUGACAGAACUGCUCAACACUUACUUUAUUUCUGUCCUCACUCAAAAGGAAAGCAGUGCCCAACCUGGUGAUAACAGAAUAAAUGACGCAGGGAGGGAGCUGCAGCCCAAGAUAGGAAAAGUAGUAAGGGAACACCAAGCUACUUUAAAUGAAUGCAAAUCUCCAGGGCCUGAUGAGCUGCACCCAAGGGUACUAAAGGAGCUUCUUGGUGCAAUCUCAGAGCCUCUGCCUAUAAUCGAUGAGGAUUCUUGGAGAACAGGUGAGGUCCCUGCAGACUGGAGGUGGGCAAAUGUCCCCCAUCUCCAAAGGCCUGUCAGCUCUACAAAAACAAAUACUGGCAGACAGGUACAAAGCCUCAAAGAAUCAUGAAAACUGUUGUAUGACACAACAGAGAGAUGGGUUGGUCCGGUGCUGCUGUUGUAACUGCAGCACCGGACCAAGUCAGCCUGUCAAUAUGCUUGGCAGGGGCUGUUGCCUGUGGGGGGGGCGGGUAGCGCCCCUGGGGUAGAGGGAUCUUGAGCCCCACCCCCAAAGUUAACACCUCUGAAAGGAACAACAAAAAUUACUUUCCCUAUGCUAUUAGACUGCUUAAGUGAAGAAAGAUUAGUGCAACAGGGGAUGGAAGGAUGGUGAACUUUACUAAAUAAACAAAUCCCCGAGCUCAGUAGAAACAUGUUCUAAAAUGCUCCAAAUGCACCUGACACCUUGCGUUUCUACCAAAGCGCAACUGUACCUCUUGCAAGUACUAAAACCCACCCUAAACGCCGCUGCCAACCCAACUCCUUCCCCUCCCCGAUUUCCCUCCAAGCCGAACGAGCAAUAUUCUUUUGUGGUCCUAAACAUUGACGCGACUCUGCGCUUGCGCGAGAGCUGGGGAACUCGCACCGAGGCGCAGCGCGCCUGCGUAGUCGCUUCCCCACGCAUGCUGGCAUUGCUGCUGCUACUGGGAGAGGCAGCUGCAGCGGCUCAGUUUCACCUGCGCGGCCGGGUCUUCUUGGGAGGAGGAGGUAGGUGGCUGCUUCUAGGCUGUGUUUCGCGCUGCUCGCUCUGGUGCCUCCGCGCCCGCUUUGCUUGCUGUGGCUGCUUCCCUUGUGCUUUGGCGCUGGGGCGGAGCUUGUUGUGCUUUCGGAACUCCUCGGGUAGCGGCUGAGGCGCGACGCCUCUUCCCCUCCGGCCGGAGUAUUCCGCGUCUUCCGCUCCCUAGUCUCCCUUCGCUUCCCUGCCUCUGUCCCCGGAGAAAGCUGGCGGGAAGGUCUCGGCCUUGUCCUCCCUUUCUCUCCGUCCUCCCGGAGACAGCAUUGAGGCGCGCUUUGGGGAGGGAGGGGUGCGGGUGUCCUCCUAAGCGGGGGGCUACCUGUCGCUUUGCUUCCUGCUCUUGCUAUGCAUUAUUGGGGGCUCUGCAUCCUGGGCCCCUUCGGGUGAUGCAGGUUUGCACCGUGCCCGCCUCAGCUGUGGGAGCUCAGCCCGCCGCCCGAGGGCAGGGUGGGGGGAAUGCAAUGCAGGGAAAGGAGAAAGGACACCUAGCGGAUUGCUCGUAUCCGACCACCAGUUAAGUUAGAGUAAACGGCGUCGUAGUAGACUCUCCCUGGGAGAGUUACUUGGAGAGGAUACGGAGGGUCUACGGUGCUGCUUUAACUCGAGCACUGUAGGGAAAGGGAAACUGCCUGGGGAUCGAGUGAACGGUUUAAGGCUGCGAUCCUAAAUAGGAAGCCCCGUUGAACUUCCGGCUAAAUGUUCAUUUGGGAUCGAGCUGUGAAUCUCCCUAGCAUAGGCAAUUCCAGCAAAGGGUGUGUGUUUUGCGCCUUGCGCGGGCCGUUUUCACUCUUUCCUCCAUUUUCUCCAGUGUGCGUGCGUGUGCUGUUCUUGUUUUUCUUUGGAGAAAGAGGGAAAUGUGCCGAAGGCUAUUCAUAUAAACAGAAGCAUUUGUGGCGUUUGCAGGCAAUUCCAGGAGAGUUAAUGAGCAGCCGCGCUAGGCUUCCCUGCUUGCCGGGAGGAUUAAUAGUUUUGAGUGUUUUUCCAUUCAGAUUUAACUACCAUUGUAUCUAGACUGGGCUGUCUUCGCAUGGUUCAGAAAUUGUCAUUUUAACCGAUGGAAGCUCGUUACUAGUUAAAACACACACUGCAGCCGUAUUGUUAGCGGGUAAUCUUUCCCACACGUACAUAAAAGGAGGCAGCCCCUUGCCUUUUGUGAUGGCCUCCUUAGUUACUGUUUUUAUUUUUAUUUUUGAAGGUGAGGGAUUGUUAUAUGUUUAAAAUGUGUGUGUGGGGGGGUGCUAGUGUAUUUCACUGAAGGUAAUUCCCCAUAAUUGAAGUAACUGUCCUAUUCAACAGAUUAAAUAAGGCACUGAGGAAAUAUUUUUUGAAGCUGGUUAAUAAACAUGUUUCAUAUAGUAGAGGAAAUUGCUUCUAUGUUGCUUAAUUCAAGAGAUGUUUCUCUUUGGAGAGCAGCUGUGCUUUAAAGCUAAAUUAAAAUCCUAAAUUUGCACAUGGGAUUGAUUGCUGCGUUGUGCCAAUUACCAGUUACAAGUUGGUUUAAGUGGUAACUAAAUCAUCUCUAACAUAUGUAUGAUAAGUAAUUGACUGGUGCAGAUAUUUAAGCAUGCAUCUCUGUGAUGCCUGCUCUGUGAUGUCCCAAGGGCCAUAGGAAAUAUAGGAGCCUCUUGGCCAUGGUUGAAGAUAGAGCUUGAUGUCCAAUCCUGUUCCUCUACUGUUACCAGAAAAUAAGGGGGUUCCUUUUGAUGGCCCAACUCCCCAGGUUCAUUACCUGUCAAAGAUGAAUGAGCUGAGGCAGAAAUCAAGCGAAGGCAAUGAGCACUUUUCUGGUAAUACCACCACCACAGAAAGCCAGCAAUGCCUUGUCCCAAGUGACUUUGAAAUUCCCAAGAUUGGUAGUGCUGAAAGGGACAUAUUAAAGGUUGUUCGUUCGGAGACAUGUCAGGAGAGGACCAGAAAAUCAGCUGGCUCUAAAGUCCUCGUGUGUAUCCCCCCCAGACAUAGAGACAUUUUAGACCAGGUCUCCUUUUCCUUCAUUGUUUCCAGUGAGAGGGUAAAUGUAAAGUAAACUUCUACCUGCCAGUGUGAUCCAGACAAAACAAAGGAUGGUCUAUUAAACCACCUUUGGAUUCCCCUGCUACCUUUAGGGACACACCUUUAAUUGCCCUCAUGCUGCUUCACUAUCAAUUGUUUGUAAUCCUACGCAUACAUACACAUUCCAUGGAAAUAAAUGAGACAUAAUUAACUAAAAACAGUGUUUCAAAGUAGGCCAUCAACUACUUUUAAUAUUCUUAAUCACUCUCUCACCUAUAUGUAAUACUUUUUGCAAAAAUGAUCUGGAUAUCUGAGUUCUUUUGUGGCUCAAGAUGCUGCUUAUUUUCUUUAAGGCUAGUGCCCUAUAUGGAUGGGGAAAGCUAGAUAGUUUACUUGGCUACUGAAAUGUUAAAUGCUAGUUGUACUCUACAAAAAUAAUCUGAUAUGGAAAUGUUCAUACAGGUUACUGUUUGUGCGAUGAUAGAUAUAUACAUGGAACUUUAUAAACAAGUGGAUUCUUGCACCUAGUAGGUCUUCCCGCCCUGUAAGAAAUUGUUUGGAUAUUGGCACACUGAGCUUCUAAGGUGGAAAAAACCCAGUCAAUCCUAAAUAUGUCUAUUCAGAAAUGCGUCCAGAUUAGUUCAGUGGAAGUUGCUGGAACUUAACUUCUGUGUAAGUGUGUAUGCAGUCUAUGUGAAAUGAGCUGGAGAAAAGUUCUCAUAACUAUCUAAGCCAGCCUUCCCCAAUCUGGUGCCCUCAAUAGCUUUUGGACUACAAUUCUUAAUUAUUCCUGGCCAUUGGCCAAGCUGACUGGAGCUCAUGGGAGUAACAAGGGUGUACCUAGGGUUGGCCCUCACCAAGGGUGCAAAAAUUGUGCCUCUCCACUCUGGCUUGGAGUGGCUAGGAGCCCGCUGUUCCACAUGCUCCCUAGGCACCUUGGUGGAGCUCCUUGCCAAGGGCACAAGGUGUUGGCUGGGCGGCGAUUCAGCUCCUUUCCAAGAGUGCAUAGGAGCCUAUGUACGCCUAUAGGAGUUGUAGUCUGAAAAAAUAUUGAGAGCACCAGACUGAGAAAGGCUGAUCUAAGGUUGUGUUUCUGAGCUUCGUACAAACACUUGUUGAUACUAGGUAAAGGAGAAUGGAGGUGCACUUUUUGGACAGCAGAACCCAAUUCCUUGGAUUGGUAAGGCUUUUCAUAAUGCAUGUUGCUCUGUGCUCUAUUACUUUGUGUCUUCCCUAGUGGAUAAAUUUCCAGCCAGUGCUUCAGUAGCAAGAAAGAGUGAUGGAGUUCUGAACAGUGGAGGAUGGUGUAACCUGAUUGUACAUCAUACAUAAUUUUGAUGGGAAAUUAAAGCAAUCAUACAUUGAUAACAGACCUAGGCUCUGUAGAAAUUAAUCACCUCUUCUCACCUCUGUUGAGGUAUGAAAAUAUAAUAAUUACAAUUGAACUGAACACUUAAAGCCACGUCCUGUAAUCUCUUCAUACGUGAUUAUUUAAAACAGGCUCAAAUAUGUUUACAAAUUUGUAGCUGUUGAUUCUCUGAAAAUAGGAGACUGCUGUUCAGAAGCUUUGCUGCAGGGAUGAUUCAGUAUAAAUAAGUUGGCAAUGGUACAUUUUCUUCAUUGUAAGCAGGAUAAUCUCAUGAAGGGUAUUUCUACAGGUCACUUGCAUGGUUUAUGACCUUGACUGCAGUAAAAGCAUACUAACAGCUCUCAUUUCUCCUAUUUUUUCCCCUAGUCCAGAAGUCUCCCUUCCUUAUAUUUGUGUUCUCUACCCAUUUCUCAUCAUUUUAGUUUACACGUUCCAGAGUAAGCUUGACCACAUUUAUUGGAUUUCAUGCUAAUUGGUAGCCAACCCUCUUGCUACUGCUCCUGGUGUUAAUAGCCAAAAUCAGAUCACAAUAAUGUUUAGCUACUGCAAGUAAUGGCUUAUUUUAUCUUCCAGUAACCAGCAAGUAUUUUCAGCAUGGCAUGCUAAGCUUCUGGUGACUUUGAGAUAAGGAAUAAUAUUCACUCUUAAAUAGAGAUCUUAAAUGAGUUUUCAGAAGUAACCAUAAUAAAAGCACUUAGCAAGAGGAGAACACCAUACUCACUUCAUUAUUUUUCAACCUACAAAAAAAUGAAAUCACUUGCUCUUGAACUGACAAAUGUAUCAGGCUAGUUCUCAAAGCUACCAACUCCCAUGGGUUGUUUUCUUCCUGCAUGUAAAGCAUUUUUGGGAUCCUGCUGUUCUUAAAGUAUAAGUGAGAUGAAGGCUUCUCCUUUCUCUUCUGUCUCCCAUUAUUGGAUUCCAGAUGUGGCGUUGACCAGUAAGUGUAUUGAGCUGGGAAACAAACAUGCUACCUUGCCCUUCUCGGUCAGCUUUCACAUGAGGCACCAAGUACUGUAUUUUUUGCUCUAUAAGACUCACUUUUCCCCUCCUAAAAAGUAAGGGGAAAAUUGUGUGCGUCUUAUGGAGCGAAUGCAGGCUGCGCAUCUAUCACAGAAGCCAGAACAGCAAGAGGGAUUGCUGCUUUCACUGCGCAGCGAUCCCUCUUGCUGUUCUGGCUUCUGAGAUUCAGAAUUUCCUCCUCCAAAAACUAGGUGCGUCUUGUGGUCUGGUGCGUCUUAUAGAGCGAAAAAUACGGUAAGUCCUUUUUAUAAGCUGGUGCUUUUUGUCAGCUUAUAAAGGGCUUAAACCUCUGCUCUCAUCUUACUUUCUGAGAGGGAAGAGAGAAAAGGCAGCCCCCACUUCUAUUUAAAAUAGUUGCAGCAGCCUGCCAAUCCCGCUUAACAUGUUGUGUUUCUCUCCAGUAUUCUGAUUCUCAGAUUUAGUUCUGCUAUGCUGUGUCCCUGUGAAGUCUUAAUCUAAUAAAAAAUCUGGAUUUAUUUACAAAGAAGGAAUAUUCAGCACAUUAAGAAUUGUUACAUCAGGCACUUAAAGAAUGCAUUUGUUGCAGAAAAACAUAGUAUUAAAACCACCCUGAGACUUGCGGGUAUAGGGCGGUAUAUAAAUUCCAGUAAUACUAAUAUUAAUACUAAAUAAAAAACCCAGUGAACCCAUAUUUAAACAGAUUUAUAAAAACCUUCAUAAGACAUUAUGUAUGGAAAAAAUAGUCGCCUAGAAGUGUGAAAAAAGGAAGCUUGUUGCCAUGAAAUGAAGCACAGGUUAGAAGUAUAAAAUAAUAAGAGCUUAUAUUAAAACAAAGACUCUGAUGACACAUGACUAGUACUGGCAGUGGUGACAGAUUAACACGUGUCCAAAAGAUGCACGAUUGUGCACGGCGCCAAACCUGGAAGUGACCCUAAAACGUGGUAGGGGGUGGGGUGGAGCGAGCUUAUACGUGCUCAGAGAGCAGAACUCCUGCACAGUUGACCGUACUGCGAAUACCCCAGCACCAUAAGUUUGAGAGUGGAGAUUAAACUGUAUAUUGGUGACUCCAUUCCUUUGGAAUUAAUGUAGUUUACAUUGCAAGACCUCAAAGCCUCAUCAUAAUUUUGAACAUGUUGAAUUUGCAGGUCCUUGGCUAUCUUACCUGGCCAUGCUGGGUGGGGCUGAUGGGAGUCAAAAACAUCUGAGGGCUCCAGGUUAGAGAUGACACUAAACCUAGCUGGUUCAUGGACAGUGCUGCUCAGAGACUUCUCAACAUGAGAUGAGUAACUGCUACUGUAAAUAUAUCCAAAUGCGCACACUAGCUCUAGUAUAGACAGUACUCUGUGUUGUUGUUGUUGUUGUUGUUGUUGUCGUUUCUAUCCCACCUCAAGGUAGCUUAGAGAUAAAAACAAGCACUAACAGCACAAGUAAACAAUAAUUAAAAAACAAUUAAACAGUGACAGAAUUAUAUAAAAUCUAUUAAACCCAUACAAAAAAUCUUAUUCUAACCUCAAAAUUCUAGGCUGCCAGCCAUAUAAGCUUUCUCUGCUUCUAGCCAUAGUUGCCAGUUCAUUAAAAAGUUCUCAGUGACUUAAAUGGACAUAAUGUCUUGUACACACACACACACACACACACACACUGAAUUAUGUACAGAGAUGAUAGAAAAUCUCAUUUGUUAGAUGGUCUCUGCAUUCACUGAUCAUUGUGCCGUUGGCCUGGAUAUUCUGAGGACUCUCCUGGUUCGAUUGGCUGUGGUUCCCUGACUUAAAGGAGGCAGGGAGAACUAACUGGGAGUUUGCACACUUUUGGAAGAAGCAUUUACGCUGAAAAAAAUGUUAUGACGACAACAAUAAUGUUGUCGACAACAGAAAUGUUGUGUUCUGCUCUAAUAAUAUUUCCCCCCUGCAAGUGCCCAUUCUCUCUAAUCAAAAUACUGUGUAUUGUAAUACGAAGAGGUAAAUUCAGGGCUGUGUGUGUGCCUUUAUUCUGUCCAAGUGCAGAAUCUGGUUGUGGGAACAGAAUUUAGCAUCCUUAAUUUUCAUUUUAAAAACAGGUUUUGAACUGUGUGUAUAAGAUUUUGUAUGUUCUCAGGAAAGCUCUUGUAGUGAAUUUAAGUUUGAAAAGAUACAUGAAAAUCUAGGAGAAACAUAAGGAUAUAUAAUUAUGGCAUUACAAAGGGAUAAUUGUUUUUCCCACGGAGAGAGAACUAUAUAUAGUAGUCUCUUACCUACAUACACAAACAUUGUAUAAUCCUGGUAGACAGCUUGCUUCUAAUUUCAAGAGCAGCUAUUCAUUUCCCCCCAAAUAUUUAAUCUACGUCUUUUGAUAUUUAUAAAACACCCAACUAGGUAAGAAAAAGACCCGGCUGGCCAUUUGAUUUUCUGAACAGAAGGCACUGUAAGCAACAGUAAAUGUAUCUUAUGUGAAAGAUAUUGAAAAAUAAGCUUCCAGGUGGAGCAAAUGAGUUAUGAUUGAUGCACGCUUCUUUGACUGUGACUUGAGUUUACAUUUAUCCAAUCCAUCUAGGGUUAAAGAAAUCAACUUUCCCAAUAUACUUGCUGACAUCCUGAUUUGCAUCGAUAUUUCCACUUACUUUAGUUUAUAAUAAAUCCCUAGUUAUUUUUCUUGAAUUGCUACCUUCAGCAAUCUAGGGGAUGAACAUGCUCCCUCUAAUAAUUCAUCGAAAUCUGUCAUCUUUAGCACAGACAAUGUAGUGCUUCCUCCAGUACCACCUGUCCUUUCCAUUCUGGAGACCUUGUAUUCAGUUGUUGGCAUCGCCUGCACCAUUUUUCCACUGCCUUCCUACAUUUCCUAUAUAGUGGGCAUUUAUUUCAAUUUACACUCAUUCAUCCUUCAAACGCACUGCCCAGGCUUGCGCCCCAGGAGGUCAUUUCAGUGCUACUAACACAGCAGUUUAACUUCACACACACACACACACACACACACACACACACCCCACAGCACCACCACACACUCCAUUGUCUCUUGAGGCAGAAGGAUGCCUACUUCAAAAUAAUUAUAUUUAAUCACUUGCCACUAGGUGGCUUCUUGUUCCCAACAAGUUCUGUAGUAGUACAGUGGUACCUUGGUUCUAGAACGGCUUGGCUCCUGAACACCGCAAACCCGGAAGUAAGUGUUCUGGUUUGUGAACGUUUUUUUGGAAGCUGAACGUCUGAGGUGGUUUCCGCGGCUUCUGAUUGAGCGCAGGAAGAUUCUGCAGCUAAUCGAAAGCCAUGCCUUGGUUUUUGAAUGGAUUAAGUUAGACAGCCAAGGUACCACUGUACAGAGGUAGUCCAGUGAAGAUCAAGGGCAGUAAUCAUAGAAUUGUGAUCAACCUUAGCUGUUCCUCACAAGCCUGCCCACCUCACAGUGCCUCUAUAUUGCAGCUCCAGCACUUAAAGCAAAAAAAAAAGGUGGGGGCUUUCACUCAGCAGACGUGAACCUGGCUGUUAAAUGAAAUAAAGGGAUAGGAAGUAGAACUAGCAAGAGUGGAGCAAGAAAGUGAAUUGGGUUGUUUUUAUUACCAGGUCUGCAUCAGUUUAAUGAAAUGUAUAUAUUGUAUGGUUUUGGUUGUACAUGAAAGAGUGUUGACAGGUCAUAGGCCACGGUGGAACAGAAUGCUGGACAAGACGGGUAUUUGGUCUGAUCACACAACCACACACAAUGUAUUUUGCAGACUGGAUUAUGUGUACCUGUCUUCUAUAACAAUACCUUGUAUUGUUCAGGUUUUACAGUUUAAGGUGGGUACAAGGUACAUCAGAAGUCAGACUUGUGGGUUCUUUGGAGUCCUAUGUGUUGGGCGUUUGUUAAAGGAAUUGUGUACUCAUGUGGUUGGUGGGUGGUUGAUGGUUGAUGGAAGGCCCUGGGUGGGAGACAGGGAAAUGUUGGUCUCCUAGGAUGAGAGGCUGGGAGGAAAAAGGAGGGACCACAGGUGACAGCUGGGAGAGGUUGCUACCUUCUGUGGUGGUGGGCACUGAGAACAGCCUCUAGGAGAGGACUCCGUAUUUUACUUGUUCUGUUUCUUGUUGCUGUUUUGUAGCUGUUAUUGUAUUGUGAAAAACUUUAGUAAAAAAGUAUUUUUAAAAAGCAAAACUCGGACUUAUGACUUGUCUUCCUCAGACAAACCACAGACCACACAUAAGGAACAAACUUUGGCUACAUGGUCUGAAGCAAGGCAAACUAGGAGCUUGGGUUUGAACAUAACACUCAGCCAAACUAUGGCUUAGCUCCAGGUUGUGUAGCAGCAGCAGCAGCAGGAGCAGAACUGAGGGAGGAGCGAAGUGGCCAUAAAUUUUGCUGUGACCACCUGUGUGGUUGUGGAUUCAUGCUGGGAUGUGGUUCGGCUUAGUGAUACACGUGAACCAGGCCUUUGAUUUGUAGCUGAACUAUGUUGACAAAUGAAAUUUUCCACUCUAUGUUCUGCUCCCUUGUGGGGUUGCAGGUGUUUACAAGCUGCUAGUGUAACUGAGUAAGAGCUUUUUUCCUAACAGGCAGAACAAUCUUGGUGGUUCAACAUUCCCUUUAAUAUUCCUGAUCAUUUGUAUGAUGCAAUCAUUAUUUUGUCUCUUUUAUCAAGGACUCUAGUUUUUGCUUUUUAAAGCCCUGCUCCUAAACCUCUGGCUUGUUUGUUGGUAGAGAAAUUCUUUCAGUAUUGUGUAUGUUUUUAUUUUGGUUUUUUAAAAAACAAAUUUUUUAUGUUUAACUUCUCUGAGACUUUUUGUAAAAAAAUACCAUUAUUAUUAUUAUUAUUAUUGUUAUUGUUAUUGUUAUUGUUAUUAUUGUUAUGCUAUCCUCCUAAACUAGAACAUCUUCCUCUUUGUGCAGUAUACCAAAUAAUUCAGUGCAUUUUUCAAGAGUGGUGCAAAGUUGGUGACACAACUUUAACUAUUGGGUAGGUGUAAUUACUCCAGAAAACAUUAACUGUAAACUGUUAACAGGACUAAUCUGCUUGUCUUUCUGUGUCAGAAUAGCUUAGCUGGUAGAGCAUGAGACUCUUAAUCUCAAGGUCGUGGGUUCAAGCGCCACAUUGGGCAAAAAAAUUCCUGCAUUGCAGGGGGUUGGACUAGAUGACCCUCAUGGUCCCUUCCAAUUCUACAAUUCUGUGAGCUAAUGACUCUGACGUUUGCAUUUGUUUCCACCAGAUUUAGGGAGGUAUCCAACAAAAUAGUUCCAUUAGUGCAAUAAUAAUAGAAUAAUUCUCUCCUCAUUCUGGGGUUUUCUGCAACCCAGAUUUGGGGAGGCCAUUGCAGGAGGAGUAGAGAGAGGAGAAGUUCUGAUGCACAAAUGCAAGUUCUUGUGCUAAUAGAGCUACUUCAUUGGGUAUUUCUCCUUUAUGUGUCACUGCUGGCUGAUUGUCUAGUGUCUCUUGGUUACCUCUGUAGUCAUCCAUCACUCAUAUCUCUAGUGAAUAGAGCGUGUCCCUGUGAGAUAACAAGCAACUUAAAAAUCUUGUCAUUGAAGCAUUUCCAGGACAGAUCUAGGAAAAUUGCAGUCAGUUGUUUCAGAUGUGAUUUCCACUUUGUUUAUUUUUAUUUUUUAACUUUUCCUCAUAGUUCAAAAUUUUUAUAAUUAAAUCUUGUGGAGUGCUAGGUGCUGCUCUGAGACGUACCUCCAGAUUAAAUGUAGCAGCAAGACUUUUUGCUGGGAAAGCCUUCACUGAUGUAACUUGCUCCUUUAAAUAUGCAAAGAGGCAGGUUUCACCUUCUAGAAUGGUUCCCAGCACCAUUCAGUUUGUCGUUCUGCAGAACUUUGGAAUCAUUUUUCUGUGGUUAUUUCGAAGUCUAAGUUUAGGCUCUGUGGGAGUUUCCAUCAUCUUUCUUUUAAGUCCUCCACUGCCUACUCAGUUGGGGUUAACAGAGCUGGCAUGUCUGUUUUUAUGUCGACUCUCCUUAGUCCAAAAUGAGUUGAGUGACAAAAAGCAAUUCCAAUUUUGAUCUAGAGAUGGCAGCAGAGCCCCCUUUUGUCUCCUUGCUCUGUUUACUGCCUCCAGGCACAAUUUGUUCUAGGAGGAUGCUGUUCUAGAGUUAGUGGGGGCGAAACAAGACUUUAUUUCACCUGGGCCAGGACCCAGUUUUUGCAUAUUUGUGUACACAAACACACAGAAGCUGGGAGCCUCAAGGGCACCCAUCUGGAGGCUUCACCACCCUCUAUUAGGUUUGUGUGCUUUAGGCACUGAAGGCUUAAGAACCUAAAUACCAGUCCCAAAAUAAGGGCUAGCAAGGUUUAUGCAGGAGAGCUUCUUGGCCAGCCUUACGCCAGUCUUCUCUUCCAUAUCCACAGAGAGCACACACAGUUGCCUUGGAAACGUCAGCCGACUAUAUUUACCAGUUGUGGAGAACAAGGCUUGAAUUCCCCCUGGACACUGUUUUUCCACAGCACCAUAUGUAUAACGAGUUAUAUUGAAUCAUUCCAGGUGUUAGACCUGUAAUAGUAUCAACUCUGGAAAAAAGUGUGUUAGAGACAUGAAUCUAAUUAUCAGUAGCCGCGUACACAUUAAGGAAAUGGGAAGGGUUUUGUUCAUUCCUUUCUGGGAGAAUUCACAAGUGCUUAUGAACUCCAGUGAUAAUUUCUGGUCAAAGCAGAGAGACUGUCCGUAUGGCUACACCUGCCUAAUGUGGAAUUUAAUGUUAACUUCUCUAUUAACUGUUUAAAAGGCAUUAUUGCCCUCAAACACUAUCAACUAAAAGAUGAUGAAUGACAGAGGUGCUCAUUUGAGAACUGCCCGCUUAAUUGACACCUGGAUAUUUUAUAAUCCAAACAGUAAAGAAGCCGCUGGUUUUUUAACGGUGCAUCAAGUUUGUGCUAGAUUGUACCACUUAUUUAUCAGCAGUUUAUUUUUAGUGCUACAUUUACCUGCAACUAAAACUCAGUUUCAGGGUGUGUCUUCAAUUCAGACACUAUUUGAUGGGACCUGUACUCUGCAAGUUUAGGUACACUUUUAAUCACUGGAUCCUGUCCCUUUAAAUAUAGUUAUUGCACUGUAAUGGCUUUUCCUAAACCUUUGUCCUUUCCCUGCCUCCUCCCUUCUUCUUGCUCACUACUGGGAUUGCAAGACAAUACUCCUCUUCUCUUUCCCUUCCUACUCUCCUCUGUUCUCCCGCACGCCCCCACCAAAGACCUCCUUGUCUUCAAACCUUCCUUAAUUUUACACACACACAGAGAUUUUUACUCCCCUUCCCAGGCACCUGUCUGAUGCAUCAGCAGGUUACAUUGUUUGCUAGUGUUAAAUUAGCUAUUUGCAGAUAAAAUUGAAAAGAGUUUAAUUUUAAACAGUGUUCUUAAACUCUUAGGCAGUUGCCGAUUGAGAUGCUUGCAAGGCUACCAUUACAAGCCUCUCACCAUUUUCAUUAGUGAAUCAUUUCACCAGAGGAGGAGACAGUAGCAAGGAAAAAAACCUGUUAAAGAAAUAGCAGGUUUUCAACAGUGCCAACACACAUUUUGAAGAGAUUAACACCAAGCUAGUGGUGGAUGCAAGGAAACAGUAGCCUUAUUUUACUUAUUCAAAACUAUAGACAAAUUUAAACAUUUUGUGCUUAAAGAGGCAGUGGUGGAUUCACUCCUCAAAAAGCCCACCCUAGACCAGUUACUAACAUCCCUUUAUUGACAAAGGUGAUAGAAAGGGGGUUGUAGAGCAACUGCAGAUAUUCCUGGAAGAGACUGAUUAGUUCUUAACCUGAGGUACUAUUUCUGGGUUAGCGGAGUCUGUAACCUGAAGCGUCUGUAAUCUGGAUUGAGUACAAUCUGGGUUCAGACCUGAACUGAAUUGGGUGCCCUGUUGGGUGACCUUUAUCAUGAGAGGGACAAGAGGAGUGCAACCUUAUUACUUCUGCUUGAUUGCUUAGCGGCCUUUGAAACCCAUCAACCAUGAUAUCCUCCUGGACCAAAUUAGUGAGAUGGGUGUUGGAGGCACUAUAUUACAGUAGUUCUGUUUGUAUCUUUAAGGUUGUACCCAGCGAGUAGCACUGGGUUCGUGUUUCUCACCUCCCUCCCUCGACAUUUGUGCUAUGGGGUUUUGCAUGGUACUAUUCUCUCCCCAGUUCUAUUUAAUAAUAAUAAUAAUAAUAAUUUUAUUAUUUAUACCCCACCCAUCUGGCUGGGUUUCCCCAGCCACUCUGGGCGGCUUCCAACAAAACACUAAAAUACAAUAACCUAUUAAACACUAAAAGCUUCCCUUCAGAUGUCUUCUUAAAGUUUGGUAGUUAUUUUUCUCUUUGACAUCUGGUGGGAGGGCAUUCCACAGGGCGGGCGCCACUACCGAGAAGGCCCUCUGCCUUGUUCCCUGUAACUUGGCUUCUUGCAGCGAGGGAACUGCCAGAAGGCCCUCAGCGCUGGACCUCAGUGACCGGGUAGAACGUGUAUGAAGCUAUUGGGUGUGAUUAUUAGGAGUUUUAGAGCAAGGUGUCUCCAGUAUGCUUAUGAUACACAGCUCUACUUCUCCAUAACAUCUGAAUCGGGAGAGGUCAUGAGAGCUUUGGACCAGUUUCUGGAUGCAGUGGUGGACUGGAUGAGGACCAAUGAUCCCGGGAAGGUGUGGGUUCUUUGGGUGAAGGGUUCGCAUGUUCGUGAAAUUGGGUUGCACUUCCUCUGAAGGAGGAAGUUUGUCAGAUUAGACCUCUGGUCUACUGAUAUUUUAGCAGGGAUGCUUUGCAGGAGAGGUCAUUUGUUUAUGAUUCAGUCAGGCAUAAAUAAUGCCUUCUUUAGUGCUGCAUUGUGAAGAAAGCAGGUGCCUUUCUGUUCAGGAGGCACAAACCUAUUCCGUGGCCGUGUUCAAGUACCUAGUCCAUGCUUUCAAUUCAUUCUGUGGGGUCCUGGCAUCUUUUUCAGUGUUUGCAAUCUUAACGCUGGUCUUGUCUCUUGCUCUCUCUUAGAGUGUUUUGCUGUUUGAAAGCUAACUUCUGUGUUCUCGGUAAACAUGGAAGAAUUGCAAGAUGUCCAAUUGACAGAGAUCAAGCCUCUCCUGAAUGAUAAGGUAAUUCUGGUUUGUUUGAGCAUUAGCAAAGCACUAGUCAUUUUAUGUUAUCUGUGAGCGGUACAUAAGGGUUGUGUGUAAUUUAGAAUUCUGUACUGUUUGGUAUUAAGAAACAGAACUUAAUGUUCUGAGAAGCUCUAUGUAUUUUUUUUGUAAAGUCCAUCACUUCAAUAUAACUGAACACAACCCCGGCCCCUUAAAUAUUAUCUCUGUUGUCUUUUGCCCGCCCUGUUGCAAAUUAUAGAUUGCAAACUCCCUGGGAUGGGUACUCUUCCUUCUGUUGUAGCUUCCAUCAUCUCUUUGAACAUUGAUGAUAAAGAGACCUAUGACACUUUAAAAUAAAUAAGUUUGUUGGGCUAGAGUCCAAUGCAUCAAUCCAUAAUAGCACGGAAUACGUAAAGAAUGAGCUGUAAAGAUAAUACCAUAUACUUUCAGACCAACGUCUGAUGAAAUCUCCAAAGCCGGGGUGGUGUGGGGUUACUGGUCGGGAAGGGCAGAGGACUUCAGUGCCCUGCAUUGUUUCUUGCCCUUCCCUACAAGUAGCAUAAGAAGAAUGCAUUAUGCAAGAGUAAGUGGAAGGGCACUGCUUGCAAAAGGCAGACCUUCAGGAUUCUUGAUUUCUCCAUCCCUGGAUCCUCAGGAGUGGCUGGGGGGGGGCUUGGUGCAGGGAGGGCACAGGAAAGCCCGUUGCAUGAGAGGAGUUGCAUUCACUCUUCUCAGGAUUAAUUUCCCAUUAAUUGGUGAUUUCAGCCUUUCUUUAGUACAUAAUUUGAGGUACCUUUCACAAAGAAUGCAUAGGAUAUCUUUCUCAUUUCAGUUUUAACUUUGGUUCUUACUUUGGUUCAGUUCUUAGCAUUUUCCAAGGGUGUGCAAGUGUGUGGGUGAAUAGUGUGAUCACUAACUUUUCUAUGGUGAUUUACAGCGAUGAGCCAAUGUUUCCCAGCUAUUUCUGCAAAAUCCAGUCUUACACUGGUCUUUUCUUUUUAGCUUGUGGUGUGCCUUGAACACUUGUGGGCCAUCCGGUUUUUCCUCUCGCUACCGUGUCUGUCUCAUCCACUUACUAUUUUAACAUAUUUCUGUUUCAACUUUUAGAUGCCUGCUAAAAAACUUUUUAUUCCAUCAGGCUUAUGUGGGCAAUUAAGAAUACAUAUUUCCAUAAUUGCUGGUUUCUGGUUUUAACUUUGUAUGUGGCUUUUAUUGUAUGGUUUUAUAUAUAAUUGUUGUAAACCACUCUUGGGUUUUUUAAAGAAACGAAUGGCGGUAACAAAUAUUCGUUUUACCAAGCCCACAGACUACAAAAAGUCUUUCCUCUUUUUAAAAGGAGUUUUAUAUCAAUAUAGACAGAAAACCAUAGCCAGAUCCAGUAAUAAAUUACAUAGUAGCCAGAGGUUGAGUGUUUUGUCUAAAUGACCAUGCAUGUUUAAGAAGUUAUAUAGGAAUACAGUCAUACCUCGGGUUACGAACGCUGCAGGUUGCGCAUUUUCGGGUUAUGGACCACGCCGAAACUGGAAGUUCCAGAAUGGGUUACUUCCGGGUUUCGGCGCUCACGCAUGCGCAGAAGCACAAAAUGGUGUCACGUGCAUGCGCAGAAGUGCCGAAUCGUGUCACGCGUGUGCAGCGGCGCUGCGGGUUGCGAAUGCUUCGGGUUGCAAACACGCCUCCUGCAUGGAUCACGUUCUCAACCUGAGGUAUGACUGUAUAGAAACUACCAAGUCAGACCACUGAUCGGUCCAUCUAGCUCAGCAUUUUCUUCAGUUACUGGUAGAAAACACCCAGGUUUUCAGUUAAUUAUUUCCUAGCCCUUCAUGAAGAUGCCAGGGAUUGAAUCUGGAACCCUUUGCAUGCAAAACAUGUGUUCUAACCUUUUGCAUGAACUGAGCAGCAGCGCCACCACUUCAUAAUAUAUAUUGACCAAAUGUUGGAAUGGAAAUACUUUUGAAUGGUAUUUUCACAGUACAUUUGAAAAAUGAGCAGGUUUGUCUAUGCACGAAAGUGUUUGAAAAUGAUUAUUUCUGGGACUGAUAAAUGUGUACCGACUCAUGUGGAAUUGUGGCACUUGCCUCUAUCCUUGGCAGUUCAUACAAUAAUUUUGUUUCUGGCAUCAGCUGUUGGGGGUGGAGGAAAGCUAAUUGUAAUGACAUUUGCAUUUAUUCAUACUAAUGAAGUACAAAAAGCUUCAAUUCUGACAAUAGUUUGCUGCAAAGUGAUAUGCCGGAGCAGAGUUUUCAGAAAACUAGGCUGCAAAGCAAAGUUUAUGAGGCUGUUCUGGAAUCUGGGCUAUUCAUUGGCUCUUAUUCUUAUUUUGACAGAAUUCAGCUCGAAACUUCCAGGACUUUGACUGUCAGGUAAGUACCUGAAACCAAAACGGGCAUGCAUUGUCAGGCUUUCCUUGAAGAACGACAAUGGAUCUCUGUUGAUCAGACAGUUGCCCGAAUUAAAAAUAAAAAAGAACUUGAGAAACCUAAGAGUCCAUUGGCUCCCAUAUACCUUUUGCUGGUUUUCUGUACAUUUAACAGUGUGUUCGGCAGUAUGUGUUGAACAGGACUUGUCUGCUUCCAGAUCUUAAGGGCCAGAUUUUGGAGUUGAUCACCAUGGACUUUUGAAGCACCAUAAAGUUGAAUUACUGCAAUGGUGUGUGUGUAAUUUUUGUAAGACGCAAAUCUGUGUUGAAGCUCUACAUCUCAGAAAUUAAUGAAGUAGGAAGGGCUUGUAAUCCUCAAAUCAUAAAGUGGUGUUUUCACUGUUUAAAAAAUUAUUAUAUGAAGUUGCCGGUUUAUUGCAUUCUGUGGCUUGGCCUGUUGUCCUAUCUUGUCUUAGCCACAUGGGCAAGAUACAGAAAAAUGGAAAUGCCAAGCCAGCCUCGAAAGGUGGAAUUAGGAACAAAAUUGGGUAGGACCAAAAAUGCAAUAUAAAUUGCUUCUAAAAUUUGUACAAAAAGUAUGAAUAUAAAUUAAACAUAUUAAUGACCAUAAAAAUACAGUGGUACCUUGGUUUAAGAACAACUUGGAUUAAGAACGCUGCAAACCCGGAAGUAGGUGUUUUGGUUUGUGAGUUUUGCCUUGGAAGCAGAACAUGUUUCGCUUCCUGUUGAGUGUGUUCCAUUUGUAAAUCAAGUCCCCCACUGCUAUGGGAAAGCACACCUUGGUUUAAGAACGCUUUGGUUUAAGAACAAACUUCCGGAAUGGAUUUAGUUUGUAAACCAAGGUAACACAGUACAGGACAAUGCCUUAAAUCCAGCAUUUGAUUAGUUCUAAAGACCAAAUGCAUUUGAAUCCCCAAGGAAUCUUCUUUAGUGAUCAAUGAAUGUAUAACAUAGAAUUUUGUCACCCGAAAUUAGUCUUUUGGCUGAUCUGCAUAGAUAAGGGGAGCUGGCCAAUAAUAUUCUUGUAUGCACAUGGUAAACAUUGAGAUGUAUCUGAAAAAGGUGAUAUCUUUCUACUAGUGUACGAUCAUGUUUUAGGGCAUCCUUCAGAUUUCUGGUUAUCGAUGUCAGCUAUUCACCAUCAUAGAUUAAAGUUGAUUUUUAUUUUUUAACACAUUUUGGUAGCAAUUUAUAUUUUAAAAAUGUUUCUACCCUGUUUUGGGUCUUAGCCACAUCUGUCCUGAAGGUAGGAAUGCCACUCUACUUCUGGCCUAAGAGCUUGUCUUCACAGAUGUCUUGCCAAACAUGAGCAGAGUGUGAUGUGAAUUUUAACCAACAGUCUUGAUGUGGCAUCUGUACAAGGCAUGGCUAGGAAUUGUUAACACCUGACGUAUGCUUAGAAUAACUUUGAAUUAAAAGGGAACCAGAAUCUCAGCUUCAGGGCGCUAAGAUCACACACCGGUGAAAUUGAACAUCCUUUUAUGCCCUUUGGCUUGACUUGAAGCUCCCUCCACUUACCUCAUUUGUUGGACCAGUUUGGUGUUCAGUGUUGUGCAAAGGUGAAUUUAAGGCCAGAAACUUCAGUUUGAAAAGGAUUUAAGAGAAUCUCUCAAGCAUUCUCACACACACACACACACACACACACACACCGCAAAACUGCCCAGCCACCCCAGCAUAACUCAACACAAGCAGGCACAGAAAUAGAGAAAAUGCACAUUUGAGAGUUUAUGAAAAUUACCCAGGGCAAUUGCACUAUAAUUAAUGUAAAACAAAACUGGCGAGUGUGACACGAAUUGAGCAUAAACCAGGUGAUGCUUGCCACUUCUUUUUCUUAAUCUUCUAGAGUGGAUGAACAGUGAACUUGUGUCCAUAGCAACCACUGAACAGGAUGUUCCUUACUGCCGCUUUAUUAAUUUUAGCUGCUCCUAAAAUUGAGCUAUGUACAGCCUUUGUGUGUUGAUAAAGCUUCUUUGCCUCAUAUGAUACGAAUGACAACUUCUGAGGACUGCCUGCUUCAGGCUUUUAUUUACACAAGUUAAACACUGUGCAUGAAUUACAACAUAUUUAAGAAGGGUUGCGUGGGCAAGAUUGAAUCUUGAAAUUUCCCAUAGCCUUCAGCUGCUUCAGGCUAAGGUGCUCUUGAUAAGCCAAAGAUAUAAUGUACCUCACUGGAAAAACAAAUGCACAUAUCCUUUAUUAGGUUCAAGUGGCAUUCCACUAUUUUAACCUAGGUGAUGUCCCUUUGAGUCAAAGACAGUGCAAAUGGUCUCUCAUACCUGGGUUAAUUAGAGCGGCACCAUUUUUAGAAAUCAUGUGGGCACACCAGAAGCUUAGGCAUAGAUGCAGAGGGUCUCUGCAAUUAGAUAAUGGAAAAGGAAGGGGGACAGGCUCACAUUUAGCUUCAAAGGAAAUUUGAGGGGGAAAGGAAAUGGACAGCUGAGCAAGCAAGGACUUCGAACAGCAUCUUAACUCCAGCUGUCAAAUACUGAAUCUGCAUGGCUAACACUCUUUCUCAUAGAUAAUAGUCACAUCAAGAAUUGUGAAAAGAAUUUAGUUCUGUAGCAUCAAAACCUCAGGCAGCAGCAUCUGUCAAAACUUUAAUGGAUAUUGCUUCCUUAUAUUUGAACGACUCCACAAGACAGCUGUUAAUGUGCAUCUGUUGAACAUGUAUGCUUUGAAGCCUCUACUAGGUUGAGACCUGCAGGAAGUGCCUUGGAGCCGGUCACAGUCCCAGGGAACAUUCUGAAGGCACAUGAGGCAGCAAUUGUGUGAAAAACUAAGCAGUUCUGGGUCUAGUUGAUGGCUGGUUAUGAGCCAACAUGGCAACCUUGAAUCUGAGUUCUAUGUUCGUGGAAGAAUGCCAGAUAGAUAGAUAAUAUCUAUAUCUAUCUAUCUAUCAAUCAUCUAUCUAUCUAUCUAUCUAUCUAUCUAUCUAUCUCUAUCAGAAACAGGGGUUGCCACUGUGAUGCCCCCCACAUGUUGCUAGGUUCUGACUCCCAUUAUUGGCUUUGCUGGCUGAGGCUGAUGGGUGUUACAGUCAGACAAAGCCAUUGAGAUUUUGUUGAUCUAUUCACCAAGAGAUUAUUGGACUCAACCUGGGAAAAAAUACUUAAGGCUGCUACAAACACUUGACUGAAGGGGUCAUUUUCAUUGCCACUCUAACAGAACCCCCCCCCCCAAAGUGUUUGUCUUUGUUCCUGAAAUAAUGUGUUCUUAAUUAAGAAUGUUCUUUAUAUGUAAAGUCCUGUGUUACUGGUGUAAUAGCUGCUCAAUUUUGUUUUCCUUGGGCAGCUCUUAAAUAAUUUGCAUCUUAGACUUCGCUUACAGAUUAUAGUUCAAGUAACCAUAAUCUGGGGGCAAGUGGCAAUUUCUUGUGGGUGAAUAGAUAAGUGCGAAAGCCGCUUUGUGGAUGCAGUCAAGGUUUUCCAGAUAGGAAAGAGCACCAAAAAGAGUUUUGACUGACUACUUCACUUUCUCUUGAUUCUCUGAGGGUAGAAUAGGGAGGAAGCAGAACCACAAUAGCAGCUCAUAUCAUGUGAAGGGCCCGGUUGAGACCUGUUUCUCCUGGCCCGCCCAGUCUCAUGAGAAGUAAUGAUGUGUAUACCCUGGUUCUUAUUCCUUUACUAGAAGCAGCACUGAAUAAUUGCUGGGGUGUGUUCUGUCCUGAUUGGACAAAAGAAAAUAGCCUCCGUUUGUGUUUCCCCCUAGAUCUGCUCUUUAUGAAUGAAGUCAAGACUCUAUGGACUCAUAUUUGUAUCAUAUGGUGUAGCUUUGCUAAUAAAUAUAAAAUUUGAUAUCUCCAGGUUUGUGCAACCUAAUUCCCAUUCUUAUAUCAAACAAGUUAUCAUGUUGUGACUGAAACCUGCGGCAAAAUGUCCCAGUGUAUCCUACUUCCUAAAAGGAGUUAUCCUGUUCAGGUUUCUACCCAAAUAUUCCCUCCAAUCAGGGUAUUCUCUUUGCUUCCACCUAGCAAUUCCAUUUUUUGUUUCCAGUGUCACUCUACAACUCAUGGCAACUAAGCAUGCUCAGUCCUCAUUGGGGUUCUGCCCAAAACAACACAAAAGUUGUUGAGCUUUUUUUGAAGUUUUUAAACUAUUUUUUAGCUUCCUAUAUGGGCUGCCUGGAUAUGGUUUUCCUGGACAUUUUAACUGAUUUGCGAAAAUUCCACCCGGAUGCCAUUUUUAACUGAUGAAUCCCGGCUUAUGUCUGGGAAAAUCUGGACAUAUAGCAGCCCUGUUUUAGACUUCUCAAAAAAUGGGAGGAUACCUUGCUCAUCUUUCCCAGCAGCUCCAUUCUGCCUGCAGUCACUUUGCUACUUACCACCUGAGCUUGCCAUUGGAAAGAGCGGGGUUUAAAACUCUUCUUUUUGCGGUUAAGACUUGUUUUCAAUUAGCCAAACCCUGCUCAGACCAUAUAAACUUUUAAAUAUAUUUCUAUCCCUUUGUACAAUUGAAAUAUGAGAAUGUAGGAGCUUGUCCUACUUCUUGAGCAGAUGAUAGAUUAAAUGAUCUGCAAGGGUUGUCUGUGGGUGAGCAGAUGGUGUCUGUGACCUCCACUGCUAGUAAAGUCAUGGGUGCAUCUGUAUUAUUGUGCCUGUCUUUAAGAGUUCCGUGUUACAUUUAGUCUGCCUCUGUUUCUGUUUUGCAGUUGCUGCCAGUCAUAUGUUUAAUCUGACCCAAUCGCUAACACUUGGAACAAACCUUAUUAUGAGGGACCUAGGAAGCCCUGAGCAAUGAAUAAGUGAAUAAAGAUGAGCAAUAAAUGUUUAUAUUCUGACACUGUCCACAGAACAAGGUUCUGAGAGAUUUCACACUGGUGUGGAGGAAUUUCAGCCAAGGAGUUCCUUCCAUGGCUACUGUCUAAAAACAUGAUGAUUACUCCUGAAAAUGUGAAAUGCUUUGUGCUUGUCAUGAGCCCCAUGAUCACAACUGGUUCAGGGCAGUUACUGAAAAAAGAGUCAGAGGAGGAGGAAAUUGCAGAAAAUGACUGGCGCACCAGUCCACUCCUGUUUCCUUUAGAGAGGGGGAAGGGGAGGCAGUCCUACUGGCUGCCUCUCAGUCCCUAUUCAUGGGGUGGAGGGGUUCCUUAUCAACAGGGUGGGUGUCAGUCAGACAGUGGGGGAGGUUGGACAGCUGGAAGAGUCCCCAAGCCUGUGUCUCUAAGUGCAUCAGUCUUGUUGAGUGACUGUCUCAUGAGUGAGCACACCAAACUGCUCCUCUAAAAGCUGUUCGUAAUAACUCUCUGAGCUCUCGAGGCAUCACGGAAACUGUAGAGAUUAGUUCACUUCUUAUGUGGUGCAAGUAAUGCUACUGGUAGUCCUUUUAAUUUGGAAUAUUAUUUUUCUAACCCCUUAGAAACCUGUUUUUGGUCCAAGGGCAGUACUGUUACAUGGUCAGCCCUAUGGGGGCUGCAAGUCAAAGAUAGUGUGGUCAAGGUGUAAAAGGAUGUGCAGUGAGAAGUUUAGUUCCCAAGGCUGCCUUCACAAAGGCUCUCCUUUAAAAGAAAAAGAAAUAUUCAGUAUUAAAUUGAGUAAAAAAAAAAAAAGCUUUUAAAAACUUUUGUCUAGGUCCCUGGAGGUACAAAAUUAUUUUUUUAAGCUAAAUUCUAAAUUGACAGAUUUGGUGGGCCCGGCCUUCCCAAAAUGUUUUGGCAUCAUAACAUCACAGUAGGCGAGCCAACUCAACUCAAUUGAAAGAUUUAAAUAAAAUUAAACAUUAUGGGUGCAGCUUGUGGAAGCCACAAAAAACUUUGGGGGCUUGAUAGAGCAUUGUUUCCAGAGAUUGUAGUUAUGCAUGGGAAUUGAGGGAGAAAGGAUGGAGAUAGUUAUGACCACACUAAAAUAUCCCUGUCCAAUGCUCCUGCCUUGCCAGGUAUUGAUUUUGCAUGAGGAAUUCGUGACUCCAGCAGGCAAAAAGAGAAUCUGUGAAAACCCCAGCAGUGUAAUAUAUAUAUAACCUAUCUAUAUUAAUUGAUUACAUUAUGAAACAUCACCAACAAUGUUUCAGAGUAGUUGCCAUGGGUGUUUGAUGAUAACAGUGACAGCCAUUAUUUCAGAGGCACAGAUGAAGCUGCAGGGGAACGGGGCGGGUGGGGGCCGCUUACUCCAAAUUGCUUUGGAGUUCAUGCAUUUAUUGUUUCACGAGAUCUACUGGCUGCUAUUUUCAGAAAGUGAAGGACACCUUGUCCAUGCCUUUGCUUCCUUUCCUUCUGUUAACAUCUGUAGUAGUUUGCUUGUAACAGCAGGAAACCAUAGGAGAGACAUAUUCUAUGUCUCUCAUCUGUCAAGGUGAAUGAACAUCAAGAUGUUUUCCCUUUCCCCAACCAGGUGCCCUUUAUUUAUUUAAAGUAUUUAUAAGCCACACUUUUAUAUAAUAUAUCACAAAGCAGGAUAUGGAAUAAAAACACAGUAGUGAGAGCUAGUUGGCAAAGAAUUUCAGAUUUGAAAAGGUUUGUCUGAAUAAUAAGGUUUUCAGAAGGUAUCUAAAAAGAGGGAUAACUCCUGCCGAACCCCUAUAGACAAGGAGCUCCACAGAGCAGGGCCAGCCACACUAAAGCCUUGGACUCUAGUAAUUGCAAUCUGCUCUUGUAUUGGAAUGUGCAGUUCCAAAAUGCAACAGCUGGAUUACUGGUUGGGGUUCAGUUUAGGUCCCAUAUAUCCCCUGUGCUCAAACAGCCACACUGGUUGCCAGUUUGUUUCUGGGCUCAAUUCAAGGUGCUUGCUCACAUUAAUGUUCAAAGCCCUAAAUGACUCAGGCCCCAAAUACCUGAAAGACCAUUUUCUUCCCUACAGACCCUCUCAGGUGAUUGGUAUGUUCUUCCACCUUCAAAAGCUUUGAGGGGUGGUGACCCUGGAAAGGGCAUUCUCUGUGGCAGCCCUUAAGCAGUGGAACUUGCACCCUGCAAAGGUGCAGCUGACAACUUUAUUAUACAGAUUCCGACGAAUGCUGAAGAUGCACCUCUUUUCCUUGGCUUUUGAUGCUUGUGCUGUAUAUCUUUAGGAUCCACUGUAUUUGUAAGUUGCUCUAAGCUGUUUUUAAUAUUGCCUUGUUAUGUUGUGUUUUAAUGUUGUAACCCACCCUAAGACCUUAGGGUGAAGGAUAGGUAACAAAUAUAGUAGUAGUAGUAGUAGUAAGGCCAGCCAGACCUCAGGGGCACAUGGGGCCACCAGAAGGGCCCCACCAGAAGACCUCGGCGAUCAAGCCAGAGCAUGAGGAAUCAGGAGAUCCUCAAGGUCCCUCGGGCCCAAGUUAUUUAGGGCUUUCUGAAUUAGCACAAGACCCUUGAACCUGGUCCAGUAGCAGACUGGUAACCAGUACAGCUCUUUCAGAAAGUGGAGUAACAAGUUGCCAGCAGCCUGCUCUGGUGAACAGUUUGGCUGCUGCAUUCUGCACUACCGGAACAUAUUUUAUAGCUAAAACAAUGCAAAAUAGACACCAGUAGCAAAAGCCUAUCAGAACAAAAAUGUAUUCAAUUGUUUCCAGAAAGUGUAGAUAGUGAGUACCUAUUAUAUCAAAAGGAAUGCUAUUCCACAGAAUGAGGGAGCCACUCUGAAAGCCCUGCUCAGUGUUACUGCAGAUAAACGUCCAGGAGAAACUUUCCUACAGACCACGGGGAUCUACUGGUAUACAAGGGAGAAGGCAGUCUCUCAAGUAACCUGUUCCUGAGAUUUGUUAGUACCAACACCAGCCUAGUAGCACGUUGGCAGCCAGUGAAACUCCCAUAAGUGAGGUGCUGUAUGCUGACAGUAGUUUGCCCUACAAGCAACCUAGCUGCUGUAGUCUCACACUGAUCUUAUUGCAGUAAUCCCAACCAUUGAAUUCAGGGAAGGUGCUUACUUCUGAAUAGACGUCCAUACGGUUGUGCUGUAAAGAAACAUAUUUCUAGGGCUUAUCCUUUCUGGUCUUCAAGCAGCCGCAUUUCCAGAUUAAGCAGAUUCCUCACUUUGAUGAAGGAAUAGAUUCUUCCCUCCUAAAUUGCCCUGGUUCCAGUUUAUUUUUCUAAAAACAGCGUUUUGUUCAGACUAAUUUGCUUAUUGCUCAUAAUUUUGAAAUCUAUAUUUUGCUGAACAAGGGAUGCAGGGGUUGGAAAAAUUAAUCAACACAAUCUUGGUGUAGGAACGCCUUCUGGUCCAAUCUUUAUAAGACUAGUCCCCCAAAGCUGUUUCACCUAAGAAGUGGUUUACUGAUUUCAUAGUGGUUUCAAGCUUGUACAGUAUUGUGUGUUCUGGGGAAGUCUUGGCUUCACCUCAUUCUUUCAGCGUUCUGCUGUGGUAAUUUAAAAACGGAUGUAUAAGGCAGCAUGGGGCCCAAGCAAAGUUUUAACAGGGAUGUGAUGUGUGCAGACACAAUUGCUGACUGGACUGUGCCCUUGGGUGCAUGCUGUGUUUGAGGACUUCACAUCAUUAGAUUGCAUAUUUUAUCUCUCGACAAUGCUUGGAUUUCACAAAGCAUCACUCUUAAUUUACACCUUGAUCUAUUUAUACAAAAUACCAUAGAAACCAGUGCCUGCUUGCAUAGACUGUGCUGUUUUUCUAUUAAUAUUUCAGCUCUGUGUGGGUAUGAAUAAUUUAGUUCAGUGUGCUAGUUUUAAAAUCUGAGCAACUAGCUUCCCACAGUUCUUCUGAACAAACAUAACUUUGUGGCCACAAAGCAGUAAAUACGUAGGCUAUCAUAGUCAUGUGAAUAUUUUAGUUUCCUUGUUACAUCCAUGUUCUGCGUUCCUCCAAGGAACACAAGAUGGAAUGCAUCAUUCUACCCCUCCCUAUUUUAUCCUCACAACAAUCCCAUGAGCUAGUUUAAGCUGAGACAAGUUGACUGCCCCAAGGUCACCCCUUGAGCUUCAUGGCUGCCUGCAUGGGGAUUCAAACGCUGUUGUCUCAGGUCCUAGUCGGAUGCUGUAUCCACUACUUCAACACACUGAAUCUGAGGACAGAUUUUUAAGAAAGAAAAGCAGUUGGGAUAAUAACAACAACAAUAAUAACAAUAAUUUAUUAUUUAUACCCCGCCCAUCUGGCUGAGUUUCCCCAGCCACUCUGGGCGGCUCCCAAUCAGGUGUUAAAAACAGUACAGCGUUAAAUAUUAAAAACUUCCCUGAACAGGGCUGCCUUCAGAUGUCUUUUAAAGAUAGGAUAGCUGCUUAUUUCCUUCACAUCUGAAGGGAGGGUGUUCCACAAGGUGGGCGCCACUACCAAGAAGGCCCUCUGUCUGGUUCCCUGUAGCCUCACUUCUCGCAAUGAGGGAACCGCCAGAAGGCCCUCAGAGCUGGAUCUCAGUGUCCGGGCUGAACGAUGGGGAUGAAUUGGCAACUUACCCUUCUGUCCUUUUAUCAGUUGAGCGUCCAAGGAAAAUCUACAAGUGAAGAGGACUAAGAUCAUAUGCUGUGAGGAACAUAAGCAAUCUUGCUCUUGCCCUUGCUCUGGCUUCUUGAGCGCAUUGUAAAAUUUAUUAGUUUGCCCUUUUCUCACUUGAAUAGUGGUUGGUUCCAUUCCGCUGUAAACAUUUCCUUUGCUGAUCAGGAAUCAAAGAUGUCAUCUGCAGAACUCUCUCUGUCUAAAUGCUUUUUAAAUCCAAAUGGGCCAAAGAGGACUGAAAUCAGUUGAGUCUGGAUUGUGCUGAGUGUCUGUAACAGAGAUUUAUUUGCUUUGAUUGAUUGUUCUUAAAAGCUCGGGUUAUUGUGUAUGCUGAAAGAAGACUUGGUGUGAAGCCUUUUUAAGUACCUUGGUCAAAGCAGGGCAUAACAAUUAGCUCUGGUAAGGGGUAGUUUUGUUUUUGUUUGGGUAAAUGCUGGGAUGGGUAAAUGUAUUCAUCAGUUGGCAGUUUUGAUAGGUGAGUGGAGCCUGCCCACCUGUCAAUCACGUGAAGUCAUUAUGACUCCAGGUGACCCAUUUUUCCUUUGUAGUGCAGCAAGCCACAUGGAAGGAAAAUCCAAGAUCAGCCAAGCAGGACUUGAAUUUACUGCCAGGCAGCUGAUAGACGCUGAUUUCAAGCUGUGCUUUCUGUAGGAGUCUGCUGUGCUGCUGAGAGUUCUCCAAGGUGGGCUUGCUCUGCCUGCCUGUCAGCUGAUCAUUGGUGUCAGUAAGCCUCUCUUGUUGAUGCACAAUCAGGAGCAUACUUUUAAGGCACUAAAUUGGGCAUUGGCAGCUGCAUCUCUACCUGCUCCUCAGACAGGUGGGUGUGGUUUAGGGAAGACAGCCCGGUGGGCCAAAUUGGGACCUGUGCUGGGCCUAAUUAUGCCCAUGGCCCAUUUAUCAUGGAAUACAUGGAUAUCUUUUUUCCCUCCUGCCUCCUUUGCAAACCUGACAGCAUUUUCUCUAGCUAAAACUGCUUUGCUUUAAAGCUGCCAGUUGCUUUGUGAAACGGUAUUGUUAAGCUCUGAGUUUACAUGAGGUUUUGCAUUCUUUCCAGACCCAUUAUCCCAUCCUGAUUUUAAUUUCUGCAUCGGAACUGGCCAAACUGUCUUUAGGCUUUAUUCUGCAACACUGCACUCAGUUUCCUAAAAUUGUAAGCUUGGGUUCUGUAAUAGAUGCCAGACAAUUACAAUUACAGAGUGACAUGAGCUGUCCCUUUUAUUGUGCUCAUGAAGCUGAUAAGGUCACAUGUGCUAAUUUUACAGUGCAGAGUUGAAACAUCCAUGUGUGGCCAGAUCAUGGAAUGCACACUAGCUAACAGAAAGACAGGACUUUGAACUGUGUUUGCAGAGUUUAUAGGCUAAAACUCUCUGCAGGUUUCCUACUUUAGUUCCUGAAAUGACCCAUUUCUUCAGUAUUUUUUGUAUAAUUGUCACCAAGGCAAAACACAUAGGGGUGGGGUUUUUUUAACACCUUGUGUUUCUCUUGCAUACAUCUCAAACUUGCUUAAUAUUUUUCCUACCAGAAAUAGUAAUCCUCUGAGACUUACUGCAUGUGUGCUCAAAGUUAGGAAAGUGCUGCUGAUCUGCUUCUUAAAUACCUUUCGCUAAAUCUUUUGCUCUUGUUAAUUAAACCUCUUUGUCUUUAAAAACAACGGUGCAGAUGUGUCACUGUAAUCUGUGCAGCCUCCUGCAGAUAAUGUGCAACUCGUGUCUUCACCCUUCCUGUACAUAACAUACACCAGCUUGCUCACACUUCAAAUGUGGAAGCAGACGUCAGAGCUGCUCUUGAUAGCCUCACGUGGGAUGCCAGCAGCAGGCUGAUCUUGAGAAAUCAAUCAGACUUCACACCAUGUUCACCUAAUGAAUCUUCUAGGGCAGGGCUGCUGUCUCCCCAAAGUGGGCGGGAAGCACUGCAAACUAGUGCCAUCUGCUGUUUAAAUCCAAUCCAAACCUGUUAGUUACCCCACACCGCCUUUCGUGGAAAUGUUUGGGAGUAACAUCAAUAUUAUUUCAGUAUUUUCAGGCAAUGUCAGUUCCUAUACCUGAAACUUGGUCUAUUUCAGUUGUGACUUAAGCCCUUUUCAUGCAAUACUCAUGUGUAAAGGGCAAGUGUGGCGAAGGGGACCUUCAGGCCACGCAUUUAGCACAAGCCCUGAAGUCAUGCUGCUGCUCUUCCAGUUCCCGCCAUUGUCCUGUUGAGCAUAAUGUCUGCAGCAGGGAGUCUUUUCUGUGCAUGGAGCUCCCCUUUUGAUUUACGAUGCAGGACACUAAAAAUCCUGCACAGAGAAAGCUCCUCCCUGCAGAUGUUAUGCUCUACAUGGUGCAAAUGUAGGAGCAGUUCACUACUGGGGGUGGGACUAAAUGCAUGACUCCAUGGCUACUUUUCCCAUGCUUUCGCUCUACAUGCAAGUAGCACAUGAACAGAGCUUAAGUUUCAGAGUCCUUAUAACAGGCUGUCCUGUUGCAUUACAUGCACUGAUAUGACUAAAGUGAGCAAUACUCAUCUUCAUCUGGGUAAAACUUAGUAAGGCAUGUCUGUAGAAGGUUUUGUGCAUAAAACCCAACCUCAGUUUUUAAUGAGAGGUGGAGGUAAGAACACCAUGUCCACUGAAUGCAGUUCAGAACAUCAAAUAGCUUUUAAUUUGUAUGUAAAAAAUAAUAUAUAAAAGGUAAAGGUACCCCUGCCCGUACGGGCCAGUCGUGACCGACUCUGGGGUUGUGCGCCCAUCUCGCUUAAGAGGCCGGGGGCCAGCGCUGUCCGAAGACACUUCCGGGUCACGUGGCCAGCGUGACGAAGCUGCUCUGGCGAGCCUGCACCAGUGCAGCACACGGAAACGCUGUUUACCUUCCCGCUAUAAAGCGGUACCUAUUUAUCUACUUGCACUUAAGGGUGCUUUCGAACUGCUAGGUAGGCAGGAGCUGGGACCAAACGACGGGAGCUCACCCCGCCGCGGGGAUUCGAACCGCCGACCAUACGAUCGGCAAGUCCUAGGCGCUGAGGUUUUACCCACAGCGCCACCCGUGUCCCCAAAAAAAUAAUAUAUACACACACACAUAUAUUGACACCAACUCCUAAUCAGAAGCGGCACACUGACCACUUGAUUGCUAGCUUAGGAGUUCAGAGUGAAGGCGAAAAGGAAGGAUUUGAGCUGUAGAAUCAGCUGUGUCAUGUUGCUCCAAGUGGAUGCUGAGUUCUUGUCAAAAGAUGACACCUUCUGUCCAGGCUGUAAGGAUCUUUCCCCAAGCCACUGGGAGAUCAGAUGUCUCAGCUCUUCUUCUUUCACACUCUUUGGCCUCAUCCACACUUCCACAAUAGAUCAGAACAUGAGGAAGAGGUGGUUGCUCUGACUGAGCUCUAAAGAGAAGUUUUCCGGGGGCAGGGGACAGCAGGACAAGUCAAAGUGUGGAUAAGCCCUUUGUUACCUUUUAUUUGUUUUCAGAUGUGUUUUUUGCUGAGGCCUUACUUUCCCUGCCUACAUUGCUUUGCCCACUCCAAAUUAUUUUUCUGAACAUAGCUGCAGUUGCUUAGCUGCAGUGCCCAGCUGCUAGGAAACAACAGUUGUAUCCCAUAAAAGCAGACUGCUGUGGUCAUACUGUCAGUUGACCUGGGAAAAGAAAAGACAAAGGAGUACACCUUUAUACAAAUAAGUACACCCUUAUACAAAUCCAGAGUGGAGUUCCUAAGACCAUGGGAUGGCAGCUUUUAUGCUUCCUUCUGGCAACUCCAGGCUGGUGCCAAACAUAUUGCUCUUCUUUCCUUUGGACCACAUCAACGAGGCCAAGAGGGGGUUCUUAACAUCUGGGCAGCCCAGGACUUCCACACACACUGCCCAGGCUUUCACCUCAGGCAGGUUACUUGGGUGCUACUAACAUAGCAGUUUGACUUCACCCCUGAAUAUGCACUCCAUUGUCUGUUGAGACAGACAGAUGCCACAACAAUAGUUUCUGGUGGGCACACUUUCACAUACGCAGUUUAUUUUUAACACAGAUCUUUUGUAGUGUGUACGUCACAACCUUUUUCCUGUUUAUGAAAUACAGUUGACCUUUAGCCAUAUUAUGAUAAUAUUCCAUGACCUUGAUAAAAAUGAAAUAUCGCCUUAAGAUCUAGUAGGCUAGAGCAAUCUUACUGAAAUCUAGUGCCCUCUAGAUGAUUUUGGACUCCAACUCCUUAUCAGUCCCAGCCAGCAUGACUAGUGGUCAGGGGUGAUGGGAAUUCUGGUCUAUCCACAACUGGAGGAUUUCAGGCCAGGGGAAGCUGUCUUAGAGGCUCGUACUGCGCUUCUACAUUCUGCUUUUGCAAGGAGGGUUGCCGAGAUCCUGCUCUGACUUUCGUUUUAAUUCCUUCCAUCUUUGCUAUCACCUUUGCCAUUUAUAUGUAAACCACUAACCGAGGUCUUCCAUCCCUGGUAACUUCAUAUACUUCAUAGUUGCUAGUUUGCUUUCAUUAUUGCUUGGCAUCCUUUUUGCAUGUCUGCAUCUUCUUCAGAGGACAGUUUGGAGGGGUCACUAAAUGACUGAGAAAGGCUGACCAGGUGGCUUUCAGAGAGAGAAGCAAACACCAUGUAUUAAUAUGGAGAAGCAAUUUCCAUAUAAAUUAGUGAAAUUUACAUGCAGCUAAAUAGGUUUUGAGCCAGGCAUAAUUCACAAUGCACUAUUGGGCACAUUAAAUUUCAAUAACUCAAGCUAAUGUUUCUAUCUUAAGGGGCCCUUUUUGUUUCCUAAUCAUCAUAGAGUAUCUGCUUUCAUAAAAGCUGCUGCGCCGGUGUGUCGACAAUGUUUGUGUUUUCCUCCAUACAGUGGUACCUUGGGUUACAAACACCUUGGGUUAAAAACACAUCAGGUUACAGACUCCACUAACCCGGAAGUAGUACCUCGGGUAAAUGGUGCGGCAGGCCCCAUUAGCUAAAGUGGUACCUCGGGUUAAGAACUGACUUCCAGAACGAAUUAAGUUCGUAACCAGAGGUACCACUGUAUCUGCUAUCUGUUUUACAAGAGUCCCGUGAGUUCCGAUUAGGGCUUGGGAUAGAUUAGAAUAACUGCCAGUGUCUUUCAGUUCAGUGCAUCCAUUGCUGCUUUCACUCAGACUGCUUUGGUGUGCAACCUGAGAUCUCGUGUAUCAGGCACCCGAUUGGUUGUCAGGUUCCUGAACCGCUGAUGUAAGUGGCAAGUAUAUGAUAUUGUGGAUGGGACAUCUACCAUACCAUAGGGAACACAUAUGCUCUGCAUCCCUUCGUGAGAAAUAAGAGGGUAUACAGCUGGGCUUUUUCUAUUGAGACACGGGCUAUGUGGAAUUCUCCCUUGAGAGAUCCAGCUGGCACCUUUGCGAUGCAAGUUCUACCAGCCACUGGAAAUGUUUGUUUUUUUAAAAGCAUCUAUUGAAUUGUGCCUGUGUUUUUUUAAGGUUUUUAUUGAUAGAAUGAAACAUGGACAGAAUAAAACAUAUAUACCCUCCCCCUCCACAACUUGCUAAUGGUAAUAUGUAUGUUUCGUUAUCAUCUAUAUUUUAGUUGACAAAGCAGUAUUCCAACUUGUUUUAGUGUGACCAUUUAUAAACUCUUAUUUUAUUAUCUGUAAGUCACCUUGAGUGCUCCAUGUCUAAACAGGAAACACAUUUCCUCAAUGGUUAAUAAGCCUGUUGCUGGGGGCUCACUGCAUCCCAGCCAAGAUGUCUCCUCGGGGCUUGUUUUCUCUAAUAGCCAGGUGGGUUGUUUGUUUUUUCCUGUAGGAGCAUGACAUCGAGACAGCUUGUGGAGUUGUUCAUGUCACUAUGCGGGGCACCCCAAAAGGAAACAGGCCCGCCAUCCUCACAUACCAUGAUAUUGGCCUAAACCGUAAGUCCCCUUUAUUUCUAGGUAAGCAGACCUAUGCAAUUUUUGGUUUGCAAGUUCAGCAACUAUAUUCUUACUGGUGACUUUAAGGACAAGAGAGAACCUUGGCACACAUUCGGUUCCAGUCUUUCUUUCUUUCUUUCUUUCUUUCUUUCUUUCUUUCUUGUUUGGUGUGGUCACAGUUGAAAACAUGAGCCUAAAGUCAGAAUAGAGCAGUGCUUUCACAUUUGGUCAUUCCCAGCAUUUUUCUUACAGAUAAGUCCUGCUUCAAUGCUUUUUUCAACUUUGAAGACAUGCAGGAAAUCACUCAGCACUUUGCUGUGUGCCAUGUUGAUGCACCAGGACAGCAAGAAGGGGCUCCCCCUUUCCCCUCUGGGUAAGUGCAGUAGCAUCUCUCUGAUCUCUUUCCCUGGGGCUGCCUAUGCCAGGUUUUAAGACCAGUCUCUGAGGUCCUGUUGUAUGGCAUGUUGAUAAGACACAUCAGACAGAUUGAGACGAGGCUUUUUCAGUGGUGACACCCUAUUUGUGCAAUUCUCUCCACUGGGAAAAAAGAAAGCCUGGCUUUAAAGAGAAUUCUUCAAUCCAAAUUUCAUUAACUGCUGCAUUGUAGUUUAAUUGCUACUCUCGUUUUUUUAUGUGGUCUCCAUUUUUUUAUAUAGUUUUAUAUAGUACUUCUGCUAUAUAAUGUGGUAUAGGUACCCCUGACCAUUAGGUCCAGUCGCGGACAACUCUGGGCUUGCGGCGCUCCUCUUGCUUUACUGUCUGAGGGAGCUGGCGUUUGUCCGCAGACAGCUUCUGGGUCAUGUGGCCAGCAUGACUAAGCCACUUCUGGUGAGCCAGAGCAGCGUACAGAAACGCCGUUUACCUUCCCGCCGGAGUGGUACCUAUUUAUCUACUUGCACUUUGAUGUGCUUUCGAACGGCUAGAUUGGCAGGAGCAGGGACCUAGCAAUGGGAGCUCACCCCAUCACGGGGAUUCAAACUGCCGACCUUCUGAUCGGCAAGUCCCAGGCUCUGUGGUUUAACCUACAGCGCCACCCGCGUCCCCUAUAUAAUGUUGUAGCACUCCUUAAUGAGGUGGAAGUUACGGUAUGUAGAUGUGAUAAUGUAUGGAUUGGAAGGAUUUUGGGCAAGGGCUGUACCUAGUUCCUUGCUCUCCUUUUGCUGUACAGAAUUCUACCUCUAUUGUUGAGAGAGCUUGAAUACAAAGGCAAACAAAUAGAGCCAGACUUGCCAUGCGUGUUUUUGCGUCUUUGCUGUGGAGGUAGCUGUAGAGUCUCCCUUAGGAGCUGGGAGAGAUGUAUGCUAUUGGGAGUGUUGCCUGCAAGACGAAGGUCUCUUGUGAGCUACUUCGACUUUUAAAUUGUGUGGUUUUGGUCAGUACACAUAUCUAUUCCCAGAUGUCAGGCUUCAGCCCCAGGAUCUAUUAUUAUUGGAACCUCUUUGCAGAAUUGUGUGUUUGACAAUGUGCCUUGAAAUAACAUCUUUAGGGUUUGAGUUAAUGUAUGUCAGCUAUUGGCAGCCUCUCUUGUUAACUAACACCCCCUUUUUAUGGUUUCAGAUACCAGUAUCCCUCUAUUGAUGAAUUAGCUGAAAUGCUCCCUGCUGUUCUAACGCACCUGAGGCAAGUAUACAAAGACACCCAGACUUUUAAUAAUUUGCUUCACUGCAGGAUGUCCACAUAGCAUGUCCCCAUUCCCCAGAACCUUCCCCAGGAAUAGAGGAGAGACAUGUGUUUAGGAUGCAUAGAAAUGAAGCAGUUGCUCAGUUUCAUUUAAAUUAUACAUGCAGUAUUUUUGUAACCACCCCAUUGUUCUUCACCAUGAACCACAGUAGCUCCCUUCCAGCAGAUCACCCAUCUCAUUGCUGAUCUAAAGGACGAUGGCUGGGUAUGUUAUGGGCUUUGAAGCAUGUUCUCACUUUGAACUCUCUUUCAGUCUGAAAAGCGUAAUUGGUAUUGGCGUUGGAGCUGGCGCUUAUAUCCUUAGCAAGUUUGCAGUAAGUAGCCUCUGACUGUUGAUUUCCCUGUGUGAACAAAUUCUGUCUCUCUGUGCUCCAUGAAUAGGGCUGCCUGUUUAUAAAAAACACACAUAGCAGAGAUUAGUGCAGUAAUGAGAAAUACUGGUAAGAGCAAGUGGCCUGAAUCAUGGAUGUCCCAACCCCUCUGGAGGAAGGACUUCCAUAAAAAGUUGAUGAAAGGCGAGACAGUUAAUUUAAAGUGAUGGAUAGAUCCUUGUGGGCUGCUAUUCAAUUCCAGGAGGAUGAUCACUCAACAAACCAGUAAAUUUACUGUUAAAGGUAAAGGGACCCCUGAUCAUUAGGUCCAGUCGUGGCCGACUCGGGGGUUGUUGCGCUCAUCUUGCUUUAUUGGCCGAGGGAGCCGGCGUACAGCUUCCGGGUCAUGUGGCCAGCAUGACUAAGCUGCUUCUGGCAAACCAGAGCAGCGCACGGAAACACCAUUUACCUUCCCGCUGGAGCAGUGCCUAUUUAUCUACUUGCACUUUGCCGUGCUUUCAAACUGCUAGGUUGGCAGGAGCAGGGACUGAGCAACGGGAGCUCACCCCGUUGCGGGGAUUCGAAUUGCCGACCUUCUGAUUGGCAAGUCCUAGGCUCUGUGGUUUAACCCACAGCGCCAGCCGCAUCCCUUAAAUGCCAGUUAAGUCUACUAGUCUUCUCAUGUAUUAUUUCCCAGGCUAAACUGAGCUCUUUGGCAUACACCCUUAAUAUUGUGGCUAUUUCAUUUCGUUUUAUUGUAUUGCAUUUAUAUACCACCUUUCAAGGAGCUCAAGGCGGUAUACAUUGCUCAUACAUGGUUGCCUUAUAGUUACUGUGGUCUAGGCUAGUCAUUCAUACUCCUUUGCGUUUUAAAGCACAAUAUUUGGGAACAUACACACUAGCCAUGUUCCUCAAAAAAGAAGUUCAUUUUGAAUUGAAAUGUAUUAAAUCCUCAUUUUCCAUUUCCAUUUUUUUUCAUCUAACCAGAACUUAAGAAAAACAAUUAAGUUAUUUUAUAAAAGUUUCAUCCUUCUGGCUCGUGUUAUCUUGCUUUUAGGAACAAAAUUAUAUAUAAUCAAGUACGCUUUACUAAUCGAGACUGAAAUCAAUAAUUCAGUUACUGCUAAUGAAGAGUAAGGUUGUACCAUAUCUUGAACCCUAUUAUUACAUUAUAUAACAAAAGUGGUCUGUUUUUCAGGUUAAAAAACUCUCUUUCCUUAGUCUUAUCAUAUUAGACAGCUGAGUCACAUAAGCCGUGUCCCAGAUUCUCAUGCCAAUCUUUGGGGGAAAGGGAGGAUUAAAUCUUUUUCUACCUGCAAUUUACAAGUGGUUUUUUAUUUUUUAGUUGCAUCACCCUGACUUGGUGGAAGGUCUGGUACUUGUUAACAUUGACCCAUGUGGAAAAGGAUGGAUGGACUGGGCAGCAUCCAAGGUAGGAUUGUUCUUCCAUAAUUGGAAUGCCAAUGCUGAUUUACAUUAUUCAGUUACUGGAAUUAGAUUUUAGUGAAUGCUUUGAUAUUAUUGAUGACUGCUUUGCCUUUCAUUUGUUUGCUUUUUUAAAGCAAAGGUCAAACUCUUCUCUUCUUUAUUCUAAUUACUUACGUUGUAUCACUAGAGAUACCCAGCCAUGUAGCUGACACAGAGCCAAAGAAUAUACCGUAUUUUUCCAUCUAUAAGUCGCCCCCUAUUUUGGGGGACUCAGAUUUAAGAAAAUGGGGGGAGGGAUGGCCCAGAGCAGGGGUCAGCAAAUUUUUUCAGCAGGGUGCCAGUCCACUGUCCCUCAGACAUUGUGGGGGGCCGGACUAUAUUUUUUGGGGGGGAAAUGAACGAAUUCCUAUGCCCCACAAACAAACCAGAGAUGCAUUUUAAAUAAAAGCACACAUUCUACUCAUGUAAAAACACGCUCAUUCCAUGACCGUUCGUGGGCUGGAUUUAGAAGGCGAUUGGGCCGGAUCCGGCCCCCAGGUCUUAGUUUGCCUACUCAUGGCCCAGAGUAUAAGACGCCCCCUAAUUUUUCAGGGGAAAAAAUUAGUCUUAUAAACAGAAAAAUAUGGUACUUUUUCUAUGGCAAUGCAUAUGGAAUACAACAGGCAGUUUAAAAAAUAAAUAAAAAAGAGCCAGUGGGAUGGAACUUUUAAACAAGAAAAAAAAAAUACUUACUUUUGCCUUCAUAUGCACUGUUGUAUAAUUGUUUGCCAGAUUUAUGCACAUCAGGGUAGCCAGUGUGGUCCCCUCCAGAUCUUGAAUUACAUCUUUCAUUAGCCCCAUCAUGUCUGCGCAGAAGUAAAAUCCCAUUGGAUUUAAUGUGGUUUCUUCAAAAGUAAAUGGGUGUUGGAGUUGUGACUGCAGCCUGUUCUGUGUUGCUUGACUACCGUGUAGUGCCCCCACUUGAAAUAAUUUGACUUUUCUUUUUUUCCAGUUUUCUGGGUGGACAACAAACAUUGUGGACAUUGUUCUGGCUCACCAUUUUGGUCAUGUAAGUCAACUGCUGGAUCCAAUAUCGAAAAUGCCUAUUAAUAUAAGGAACUUUAAAUAAAAAUGAACUGCUUUGAUCCUACCUUCAGUAGCUGCUUACAAUAGCAUUAUUACUGUCUCAGUUUUGAGUUGUUGAAUGAGUAAAAAAAAGUGUGUGUUGACAUUCUGCUCCCCUUUUCCUGUGUGUUGAUUCUUUAUGUGUAUACUCAUGCUGCAAGUACAUGUAUAUGUGACCUCCCACUAACUCUCCUUCCUUUACAGCAACCUCUUCAUACAAGUGUUUUAUUUGUAAUAUUUAUAUUCUGUCUCUUAGGGCGUAGGCCUCUCAAUGUAGUGUACAACUAAAGGAGUUUAAUUUGAAAUACAUCAGAGUGUUUACAAAAACCACAUAAUCAGAAUUAUAAAGAAGUGCCAAGUUUCAGGAAUCAGUUUCAUUAAAAACAUUGUAAAAGGCAAACUAGAGCAAAUGAGUCCUAAAAGGCAUGUUUGAAAGCUUGUAUUGAAAGGGUUUUUUGUAGUUUCAUUUGACAAAUUCCUUGUAUAUUUGCCUUUUUUUUUUUAAUAGCAUGGUUAGCAAGACAACUGAUUAGAAUAUUUGUCAUUCUUCACUAGGAAGAACUGCAAGCUAACUUGGAGCUGAUCCAGACCUACAGACUUCAUAUUGCACAGGACAUCAAUCAGGAGAACUUACAGCUCUUUGUCACCUCCUAUAACAGGUACAAGACUGGUAUAGAAUCCUGUUUCACCCCCCACCCCAACCUUGAAAGUAUAAUUGUGCAUACAUAGUGCUUCUGCAGCAGUUGACAGCAUGUAUAUUGGAAUAGCCUUUGUUUUAAAAAAAUCAAAGAGCCUCUCUCGUUCAAGAGGCUCCCUUCUUCAGUUUAAGAUCCAGUGCCAUCAACAUGUGACCCUAUAAUGUUGUUCUAGUUGUCAGGGCUUUUUUAUCUAAGCAAAAUCUUAGUCUGGUUGCUUCAUUCUUUUUAUGCUUUCUAGCUUAUGAAUAGAGCAACCAACUAGGAGAUAAAGUAGUCAUGCGGCAAGCUGAGGGGUGGAUGGGGGCUAAAGCACAUGUGCCUCUUGUUGGUAACAAGAGGGAAAUUGUGCACCUCGUAGAGUAGUUAGGCCAGGCACCCCCAAACUUGGCCCUCCAGAAGUUUUGGUACUACAGUUCCCAUCAUCCCUGACCACUGGUCCUGUUAGCUAGGGAUGAUGGGAGUUCUAGACCCAAAACUUCCAGAGGUCCAAACUGGGGGAUGCCUGAGUUAGGCAAUGCCCACAUUGCCUUCAUCCCAGCCUUGUUUGACUUGGUCCUCUCCUAUUGUCUUCCUAGCCGUAGAGAUCUGGACAUUGAGAGGCCCGUCUUGGGUGUGACUGAAGAGGCAGGAAAAACACUCAAGUAAGUUUAUCUUGGUCAUCUUUGAACCUGUGCUUGAAAUUAUGUGGAAUUCCUUUUCUAAGUUUAGCCAUAUUCUGUUUCCUCUGUUUCCCCAUUGCCCGUGUACCUAGAGUUCCACGUCCUUUAAAAAUAUUAAUAUUGUACAUGAUUUAUCUCCUUUUGCAGUGCUUUUGGUAGAACAACUUGCAAAUUGGAUGCUUAAUUGAGUUAUCUGCAUCCCAAAUAUUUUUAUUUAAUCCAUUUCUCUCUCCUAAAGUUGAAAAAGACCUCCAAGUCAGUUAAACCCCAACCCGCUGCUAAUGCAGGAAAUCCAUUGAUAGAUACAUGCCUGUGCAGACUCCGCUUAAAAACCUCUAACAAAGGAAUGCCUUCUAGGCAUUCUGUUUCACCGUGGCGAUUCUUCCUAAAGUUCAGUUGAAAUCCCCUUUUUUGCAAUUCAAACCAAUUGGUUCUGGUCCUACCCUCUGGAACAACAAAAACCAAAUGUGAUCCAUUUAUUCAUAGCCCUUCAGAUGUUUGAAAAACUGUUGCUGGGGUGAUGGAUGUUUCAUGUCACAGGCCUUCAGCUAGUCAUUGCACUGCACAGUGGGUAUCUGCCCUAAAGCACAGAUAAUUAUUUCCCCAAGCUCCAUCGUGCGGAAAAAGUUGUACAUGUGAACAAAAUAUGGUGAGUUCACUUUCCCAGUGGCUCUAUCAGUUGGUACAUGCAUGUUUGAAUAAAUGAAUGAGUGAAUGAAUGAAUGUACACUGGCAUUAAGUACAUUAAUAAAUAGUGAUCUAGUAUAGAAAUAUGUGGGACGUGGGUGGCGCUGUGGGUUAAACCACAGAGCCUAGGACUUACCAAUCAGAAGGUCAGCGGUUCAAAUCCCCGCGACAGGGUGAGCUCCUGUUGCUCGGUCCCUGCUCCUACCCACCUAGCAGUUCGAAAGCAUGUCAAAGUGCAAGUAGAUAAAUAGGUACCACUCUGGCGGGAAGGUAAACGGCGUUUCCGUGUGCUGCUCUGGUUCGCCAGAAGCGGCUUAGUCCUGCUGGCCACAUGACCCGGAAGCUGUACGCCGGCUCCCUCGGCCAGUAAAGCGACUGGACCUAAUGGUCAGGGGUCCCUUGACCUUUACCUUUAUACAAAUAUAGCAUAAUGAAGUAUUCAUGAACAUGACGUUGUAUCUGGUGAAGUCCCUGUGUGCACGCAAUGUCUUCUGCUUGCACAACAAACCUUUCCCUCCCCUACACACCUCCUGCAUCUCCCCAAAUCUUCUCUGGGGGUUCUCCCAAGACUCGCAAUAGCUAGUAUGGUGGGAUGUUUUGUUGCGAAGCAAUGGAGAUGUAUUGCAGACCAGAAAUGUAGGGUAUUCAAAUGAACAGGAACUGUAAUACAAAUGAUGGUAUUUUCUUGGUUUAGGGUUGCUUUAUAGAAAUGCUAGCAACUCUUAGAAAAAAAAUAAAACAGCAGAAUUUAUGACAGCGGGAGUUGAUGCUUGUUUAAAUUGUGCAGACUACAACUUUAUCCUGUGGAUUUUGUACAGGUGUCCUGUCUUAUUAGUGGUUGGGGACAGCUCACCAGCAGUUGAAGCUGUGGUAAGUAUGCCUGGUUAUUAUACUCCUUACUCUCCACUUCUUUCCUUUCUUGGAAGAUAGAACUCUGCAAAUUUCACACAAUCCAUUCAAGUAGUAUCAAGUGAGAUGUUUGCUUCUAUCCAUGAGUCUUGAAUUUGUGUGAGGAUAAAAUACAGGCUAUUGCUUUUUAAACUAUUCACUUACUGAUUUUCAUAUAUCACAAUAUGCAAUCAUAACAAAGUUCCCAUUUCCCCACCUCCCAGAAUACAGUUUUGUGAUAGCAGAAUAGUCAAGAAAUUAUUGAAAAGUAUUCCGCUGGGCAAAUGAAAGUGUCCUUCCACAGGUCUCCUUGAAUUUGCCGGUGGUCUGUAUUCAUGUUCUUUUGUGAGGGCAUAAGAAAGAAAGCGGAACCAUUUUUUUAUAAACUUAGUCUGAUUUUUGUUAUUAAUCCAUCAUUGCCGUACUUUAUCUGUUAGCUUGUCCAUCAGAGCCGAGUCCCAAAUCUGUAAAAAUCAGAUUUCAAAAAGAUUGCCAUUCAAAGUACUCUAAAAUUUAGCAACAGUAAGUCUGACAGCUAUCAUAAGCUGAGUUAUGAAAUACUUUUAAUUACUGAUGAGCUGUCAAAGCUCUUUGACACAGGUAUAAUUUCUCCUCCUGGUGCCUUAACGUUCAAGGGGAGAGUGGGGGAUCUCAGCACUGAACUGUAGUUAAUAUCUGGCCAAAUUUCAACACACAUAUCCUACCAGUUAGGCAUAGAUUGGGGUGCUGAUGAUUGGAUACGUGUCUAGAUCCAUGCAGCCCAUUCUGAUGUUAUGAAGGCAAUGUAUAUUGAGUGACUCUUUUUGUCUCUCAGUUCAUUCCCUUCUGCUCUCACAAAGAUUCAAGUGGGUAAAAUAACAUCAACACCACCCCUAAGAGAUGUGGUUGUGUGAAGUGGUGUUGCCACUUCCCUCUCAAAUUCUCUGUUCUCAAAUCAAAUGAGUUUUCAGCACCAUAGUUUCUCUGGCUGCUAUAGUUAACAGUGAAUCUGUAUCUCUGCUUUCAGUGUCAACUGGAGGUUGAGGGUGGAGGUUGAGAAAUUUAGAAUGUAUGUGCUGUCUCUGCUUUUUGCUUUCUGGAGACUUGCCUCAGUUUUUCAUUUAUGUCAUUUUAUUCUGCUGUUAACAUUAAGGUUAGAUAAGGCUGUGCAAGCUUAAUGGCUGAGCAGAAAUUUGAACACAGGACUUCCAAGUCCAACUUUUUAUUCACUGUACAGUGGUACCUCGGGUUACAUACGCUUCAGGUUACAGACUCUGCUAAUCCAGAAAUAGUGCUUCAGGUUAAGAACUUUGCUUCAGGAUAAGAACAGAAAUCGUGCUCCGGCAGCGUGGCGGCAGCAGGAGGCCCCAUUAGCUAAAGUGGUGCUUCAGGUGAAGAACAGUUUCAGGUUAAGAAUGGACCUCCAGAACGAAUUAAGUACUUAAACCGAGGUACCAUUGUAUUGGCUUUUGAUGUCAUAGCUAGACUUUAUUAGAUAUAACCAACAUUGUGCACUCUGUGUUUUGGGACUACAGUUCCCAUCAUCUUUGUCCGUACUGUCUGAGGAUUAUGGGAAUUGGAGUCCAACAACAUCUGGAGUUCCCCACAUUGGGUACCUCUGGUCUACAUUUUCAUGCAUCUUUCAUAUGGGUCCUGGUAUAUCAGUCACAUCAGAUACCCGGAAAAACUCUCAAUCCUAACUACUUCUUCUUCUUCUUCAUCUUCCCCAAGCCACUCUGGGCGGCUUCCAACAAAUUAAAACACAAUACGACAUGAAACAUUAAAAAUUUCCCUGAAUCAGAUGUCUUCUAAAAGUCAGAUAGUUGUUUAUUUCCUUGACAUCUGAUGGAAAGGUGUUCCACAGGAUGGGCACGACUACCGAGAAAGAACAGGGACAUUGUAUCUUAUCUACCAAAUCCCUUACUUUAAUGUGCUGCUGCUGAAGUAUGAUAUUCCUGUAUCCAGUCCCCACCUUCGCUGGAUCCUUGGUAAUAACUAUGAAUUAGAUAAAUAACGGAGAGGGGGAAAUAAAUGCUGUUUCAUGCUUUGUAGGUUGAAUGCAAUUCACGGCUGGAUCCAAUGAAUACAACACUCUUGAAGGUAACCAUCAACUAUGACUGGCUGUCUUGGGGGCUGUCAUUCUAGAGUUCAUUGUGGUUCCUGGUUUGCCAUUCUCCACUACAUAAGAACAGUCUGCUGGAUUGGACCAAAGGCCCCAUCUAGUUCAUAACUCUGUUCUCACAAUGGCUGACCAGAUGCCUAUGGGAAGGACGUAAGCAGAUCCAGAGGGCAAUAGCAAUUGUGACAUCCUGAUAGCCUUAUUCUCCAUUGACUUGUGUGAUACUCUUUUAAAGCCAUCCAAGUCUCAUGCGAGAGUGAAUGCCAUAGUUUAACAAUGCCCUGCAUGAAGAAGUAUUUUCUUUUGCCUGCCUCGAGUCUUCAUUUGAGGUCCCUGAGUUCUAGUGUUAUGACAGAGGAAGAAAUCGGAGUUGUAUACCUGCAUUUAAGUGUACUCUGGAGGCUGCGCUGCAAUGGCAGCAGGGAAUGGGUUUGUUAACAGCUGUGCUUCCUCUUAGUCCAAAUCCAGAAAUGAGGGCUAACCUCAACCCUAUUAAAUAUACUUCCCUUUCGCCGUCUUCCCCAGUGACUAAUGUCACUGAAGGCUCCCCGUCUCAGCAUGCCAUUCAUUUUCUUUCCCUGAGGAAACUUCAAUUUAAAGCUAUGUUUGCUGGAAAUAGACACUGUGUCUCAGCUUGAUGCUAUAAUCCACCACUUGCUGGGCUAAUUUAGGCUUCAUUUGUUUGCUCAGCAUUUUCAGCUGAAUGUCAUUUUAUCUUGGUUUUGACUCUCUCCUUUCCCCAUUUCUUCUUGCAGAUGGCAGACUGUGGAGGGCUCCCUCAAGUCGUUCAGGUGAGCUCUCAUUUUAGUGGGUCUCCUGCAUCUUGUAUGCUUUUAGGGGUAUAAAUAAUGGCUAUUUUUAUGUUUAUGCUUAUAUUUAUAUUUAUUUUUUCAGCCUGGGAAACUGACUGAAGCCUUCAAGUAUUUCGUGCAGGGAAUGGGCUACAGUAAGUUAUAACAACAGUGUCUUAUUUCACAGAGGGCAGGAUUGGGAAUUACCUGUCAUUCAGACCCCACCAGGCUGCUGAUAGGUCUAUUUUUUCCCCCCAUUGAGACUUGGUGUUUUUCACUAUUGACCAAUAUGGGCCAUGUAUAUUGCUGGACUUGGAAGAAGGCCUUGUCUGAACUGUAGGCAUAUUUGUCCAGAUUCCCAACUUCCUCAGUGAGUGGGUUAAAUUGGGAGAGUUCCAGAAAGGAAAAUGUUAAUUGCCAAGGUCUAUCCUGUGGUUAGAUUGGCAGCCCUGUACUUGUAUUCAAAACAGGAUCAAGCCUUUUGCUACAGAUAACUUCAUCGGGGGGAAAUUCCUGCAUCACCUGUCUUCCUGAUCUGUGUGCCUGUAGCAAAAAGAAGGUACAUUGACAGAAAUUAAUUUUAGGGUUGGGGGGGGGGAAUCACUUGACAUUUAAAGGCCCAAGAAAGUAGAAACUAUAUUUGCAGGUCAUCUAGUGCGGUGUUAAGCACAUUGCCUGAAGUUCUACCAUGUUGCAAAUACUGAAAGACUGAGUGUUCAGGCUUGGUGCUCAAGCAGCGUAUAUUCUUCUAGGCAUGUCAUGUCUACACUAACCUGUAUUUCCCAUUCCCUCUCUUGUCUUUGCUUCCAGUCCCUUACGUGCAGCUCAGUCACUUGAGCACUGAGUCAGGUAUCUACAAGUGUGUGGCUGGUUUGACUGAGUUACUUUUUUUUCUGACGCGUUACUCUGCUUCCAGCAUGGCCGGGCGACAUUUUGCAUUCUUAGGCCAUCCCACUGUACGCUUCUUGCGCUACAAUUUUCUUAAUGGUUUCAUUUGCAUUUGGUUGACUGUUGCAUGGUUCUGCAGCUCAGUGAUGAUCCAGGAGUAAAUUCUAUUAUUCCUCGCAUCAUCUUCUUCUUUUUUUAAACUACUAUGUGAGCAGUCUCUUAUGCACACACAGAGAGGUGACUGCAUUGCAAUGAGCCUUUGGCAGGUAUGCACAUCAGGCCUUAAGCAUCCUCAAUCAUAUGCGUGCAUUUCAUUUUCAUACCUGAGAAUGGAACCAUAUGCUUAAAAUAAAACAGAAUUCUCAACCCCGAAAUUUCCUCAUACAUAGGUUUGCCAUAUGUCUGGAAUUUCCGGAAGACCGCUGUCUCUAGCAAUGUCUGUCCAACAGGGUUGGGCAAAACUCAACAACUUUUCUGUCCGGGUUGUCACUGUUUGAAAUAAGGCAACCCUAUCAUACAGCAGAUGUGGAGGGGGCACUUGCAAGUGGGAGGGGUACAAAAUGAAAGCACAACAAGGGAAUGUGGGGGUGGAGCAGCUGGGUGGGAUUGUAUCUGCAGGGGAGAUUGGAAGGAUUAAGCACCUAUUCCCACCUGCUGUUUCUCCUUUACAAUGCCCCCCCACAUUUGUUUCACCAUGGUACACAUGGGUUUGGGAAACUUGCAUUUGCCAGUGUAACAUUGCGCUAUCGCCUUGGAGGCAGCUCCAAAAAGGUGAUGCGUCUUUUUGUUUGUUUUCCUGCAGCACCACUCCCCCCCCCUUCCACUUUAUGCUUCUUCCAUUUCGAAGGCAUUUUCUAGUAAGGUAAAACAAAACUUGCUUAUUUCUGGUCUUCACUGCCUCUCUCCUUCCAGUGCCAUCUGCAAGUAUGACCAGACUGAUCCGCUCCCGGACCCAGUCGUCCUCCAGCGUUGGCUCUGGAGAGAGCAGUCAAACACGGUCUCAAGCCAGCAACCCAGGGGAGGCAGCAACUGGAAUUCCUGGAGCAGCUGGCGCUCCUCAGACUAUGGAAGUAUCCUGCUAA